GAACGUCUGUGGUCAUGCUCACUCUCAGCUGCUUUUCAGAGACGGGAAAAGGGAAGGAUCCAGUAACACACAUCAAACCAUCAGUAGAGUUAUUUCUAUCGGAAUAAACAUGCCGCCUCUUCACUUCACGUGAGUUGCAUUUUUUGGAUGUUAUACACAUUAUUCAACAUCACAAGUGUUAUGCUCAGGCUAUGAGGCUAGCGAAAUAGAAACAGGUUCUACACUGCAGCAUCACAGUGUAAACUCACACUGUUUUGGUUUGUUUUUGGUCCUGAUAUUAAUGCACAAGCAGCUACUUCUUGUGAGUGUAUUUCUCGUUUGCUCCAGGCAUACCCUUACCGUAACAAAUGUCAACAGUCACUUGCAGGGUUCAGUGUUUUAGCAUUGAAUACUAUAUUUACACCCAUACCGUUACAGUGAUAGUGAAUGGCAUGAGCGAGAAUGCGCAUUACCACGCCGAUAUUCAGAUUGUCAAAGUUACAUGAUACUCGUAUAUUUAUUGUAUGAACUGUCAAAAACUCCUUUUCAUCAGGGCGUAAAGAUAGAGGGAAUAUGAGGCCCCUCAAAGACGCCCAGCUGGGGGCCUUCACCUUCUUUGCUUCAGCUCUUCCUCAUGAUGUCUGUGGGAGUAAUGGCCUCCCUCUCACCCCCAACUCGAUCAAGAUCCUGGGACGUUUCCAGAUCCUCAAAACCAUAACUCAUCCCAGACUCUGUCAGUAUGUGGACAUUACAAGAGGAAAACAUGGUAUGGCCUUUUAUAUUGCCUUCUGCAAGAACUAGGUGUGAUGUAUUUUGGUCUACCUGUCACUUACAUGCAAGCAAAUUGACCUAUUGGAUUCAUAUUUAAUAAUAAUUUUGCUCAUUCCGAACUCAACAAAAAAGUUUACUGAAAAAUCAAGAUUGACAUGUCAUGUUUCUGGAUGUGUCUGUAAUUUCUUGUUUGGGGACUCAUAUUGCCUCUAAAUCUGCCUAAAAUGCUGCUGCGGGUAUUUGUGAAUACCCCUAAUUUAGGAGCAGAUCCAUUACUAUGGUGGUAAGAAUAUCAUCUGCAAUAAUGCUGUAUAAAUAAUACUCUUGGCUAUCAUCGCCAGGAGAAAGUGUAAUGAUAAUCUGAGUAAGACAAAGACAACAAUGCUUGCUAUAUCCACCUUGGAGCUAGUUUAGAAAACAUUGAAUAUCUCCUGUGUGUCAUUGUAAACCAACACAGUAUCAUCACAGGCUACAGUCCACAGUAACCACUAAUUGGUGAAAGCCAUAUUAAGAGAAUUUGUAUGGUAGAAGUGUCAGGUUUGUUUGUUCAAACUGCUUUUAUUGCACAAUUUGGAGUAAACACAUCAUAACUCAUUUUAAAUAAAUACUGAACAUUUGCCAGCUCAUUCGUUAAUCUGCAUCUCUGCUACUUCUUCCUCUCUUUGCUCUACAGAAAGGCUGAUUGUUGUCACUGAACAUUAUGAAAGCAGUUUGAAUGAUUUCCAAAAACAGGGAAAAACAGCAAGGUGAGAUUUUAAAAAAGAACCAGCCUUAUUUUUGUUGUCCCAUUAUGUUGUACCUGAUGAAACAAGUGUUAUCUGCUCCUGUUAUUUCAAUAAAACUUGAUUUAUUGACUUGACCUUCAAAAUAGUUUCACUAACUGUUUUUGUCUCAAAAUUUUCAGUCCAGAAAAGGUGCUGCAAGUUGCCUAUGAAGUCCUUGAAGGUCUGGAGUUUAUGAACAAACAUGGCAUGGUGCACAGAGCCCUCAGUGCACACAAUGUGCUCAUGGACUGCAAGGUAAGACUGACCUGUCAUGUAUGUCUAUCUUGCCAAGUUUUUCUAAAGCCAAUGAAAUAGUUUACAAAAUGUACUGCUGUCAGUUAAGAUAGAUGUUUUUCCUUUGUAGGGAAAUAUCAAGCUGGCAAAGUUUGGCCUUUAUCAUAUGACUGAUCAUGGAGCCGAUGUAGAUUUCCCCAUUGGGUAUGUCUUUUUCUCCUCAUUCAUCACAGUAAAAGCUCCAUUAGUGCCUCUCUGGAACUCCUCAACUGGUGCGACUGAGCUAUGUGAGCUGUCUGUUCAUGGUCAAAGGCCCACUUGUAUCUGUUUGCUGUUAGUCAAAUCAGAAGAAAGGCAAUUGACCAUAACAUUGAUGCAUAAUGGUCUAUCGUUUCAUGGAAAACAGGCUCAGAGGGCAUCAAAAUAGCUUCCUGGUUGAAGAACUGAAACAAAUUGCUGGGCUUUUAUCCUAAUCCAAAGGCCCCUGUGAUCUGCAAAGCAUCUCUGUGUAAUAUCCUUUUGCAGACCGAAAAGAAGAAUGAUGGCAAAUGCCCAUGACUUUCAAUAAAACAUCUGGAUAAAAAAUGCAAUGAAUUUAACUGUCUAACAAAUAUGCAGGUUGCUCCCGGGGCCACUGAAUAUACAAAACCUGACAGCAAAGUUUGCUGUAUCAUCACUUUGAUGGAGUCAUUAUGUAGUUUUUCAAGUCAAAAUUAUUAUUUUUACGAGACAUAACUCACAGAUGAGUAAAAAACUACAAGGCUGAAUAAGUAACCUCAUAAUCUGUUCGUUUAACACGACCUCAGGUACCCAUCUUACCUCGCACCUGAGGUGAUUGCACAGGGCUCCUUCUACCCCAGCGACUCCUCUCAUGAUGAUGCCCCUCUGCCCUCAGGGCCAAAGACUGAUGUGUGGUCGCUUGGCGUUCUGCUCUUUGAAUUAUGCGCUGUAAGUAUCCUCCAUUCAUUUCUUGAUAGAAUAAUGAGGCGUUAUACCAUGCUGCGAUGCCUGAAUGCACCCUGAUUAGGUUCUUUUCACUUUAAAUUGUCAUGCUGUCCCGUAUUACAGGGCAGGAGACUGCUGCAGAAUAUUGAAAUAAGUGAGAGGCUUAAAUUCAUCCUGACCUUGGGUAAGCAAAAACGAAUAUAAUUACCCGAAGUACUGAACCAUGUGGUCUUAAACUCAAUUAGUCCUAUACUGCUUUUUUGAAUUCUCAGGUUGCAUGGACGACAUUGUCACUGUCCUUGCCGAGGAACAUGGUUGUCUGGAUACCAUAAAGGUAGACUCAUAGUCAUGUAUUGACUUUGGCUUAUUCUGGAAACUACUUAAAGGGAUAUUCCAGCUUAAAAUCAAGUCAGGGUCAAACACAGUGUAACGCCAAGUUAGACACCCCGUUGAGAGAUGAAUGUUGCCGACUGCUUGCUCCUCUAGUUAUACCAACUUUAGUAAUGACCGCACGAUAGCAAUACAGAGAGCCCCACUCUCAACCAAAAAUGCCACUCUAUAGCCACAAAUAAUGCUCAGCACAGCACCUAACUUCAUCAACAGUACAUAUAGGUUCUAGCAAAAGCACUUGCCACCAAACAUCUUUUUAACUUUGCCUAAUUUCUUAAGCAAAGAGACUAAACACAACUCACCUACUCUCUUCCAGCAGCUGCUUGUUUGUAGCGAGACCUCGACUGAGCCCAUCGACUGCAGGGGGGGGACGCAGCUCAAGAAAGAACAUUUAUGAUCAUAACUUUAUCAUUUCCUUUAAGUAAUAAUCAUCGUAUUAAUCAACAGCAACAUUCAUUUCUCAAUAGGGUGUCUAACUUGGUGUUGCGGUGUGUUUGACCCUGACUUAAUUUUAUGCCGGAAUAUCCCUUUAAUACAUGAGCAGUUUCAAAAUGUAAUAUUUAAUGGUGAAACAGGCUGAUAGCCAAUCUUGUAAACAAAAACAGUUAACACUAUUGGCACCACAGUAAGGUCUCUGAUAUUUUAAAAGGUUUUCUAUAAAAUUGAAAGAAAAAAAAACAACUACAAAAAAAAAAACUGGGGGACUAAAUUACUCUGUCUUUCUAGCCCCUUAGAAACCAGUUGUUUGAAAUAAAUAAAUAAAAAGUCUUGGUUUGGUAAAUACCCAAUGAGUAAAAAAGCCUAAUACAGUAAAAAAUGUAAUGGUUGUAGUUUAAGAAUUUAAGUUUGACAGAUAGUCCUGUAAUGAUUCCAUUAAAAGCUCAUUAAUGUCAUGUUUAUUGAAAUUCCUGUUAGUAUGUGUCUUUAUGUGUGUGUAUUGUAUCUAAUGUGUUUUUUUUAUAGGAGCUGCCUGAAAAUGUGCUGGAGUUGUUAAGGAAAUGCUUGACCUUUCUCCCAUCCAAAAGGUAAACAGAGGGUCUGAGGGGAUCAUAUUUUCUUGGAGCAGAUAAGCUAUUUUGUUUGAAAACACAUUGGUCACACAGCUAUUAAAUACCAGCAUGCCAGAAAAUAUAUCAAAAUAAACAGUUUGAACUUAUUGCUCAACGGUGAAAUAAAGAAUUUAUGACUUUAGGAGCUCGCUGUUAAAUACAAUCCUGAAUAUGAUGAAUGUAACACAAUUUCAGCUCUUGAUGGCACAUUUGGUGUUUGUCACUAUUCCUCUUUUUUGACUUUUUCUGUAUUUGUAUUUGCCCUCCAGGCUGACCCCUGCAGAGCUGCUGGGAGACCCUGUGUUUAAUGGCAUCUCCUGCCUCUAUACGCCCUUCCAGAAGCCUGUUAGCCUUUUCUCCUCUUCUCUGCGCUGUGCAUAUCUGGAGCUCCCAGAGGACAUCAGCGACCUUUGCAAAGGUCUGCUCUGAAUGAUGCACAACUGUUCAGCCAAGCUCACACGAACACAACUGUAAAAUUUUAGUUUUGACUCGCACAAAACUGAAUUGAGGAUCCUGAGUUUACUCUUUGUCACAGACACAGGCAGCUACCUAAAACUUGCUUUAGCAGCAAAUAGAAGUGUUAAGCGUGAAAAGAGAGUCAGAAAAUAUCAUUUACAGUCCCAAGAGGAUCUUUUUUGAUAUUUCAAAAGUUUAACAUCCAUUUUUUAUGCUCUCAAAGGUCAAGUUUUGUCUUUCUGUGUUUUAAGCAGAAGAGUCCUGUACAGGAAGAUGAUUGUAUUUUAAGUACGUAUCCUGUUUCAUCUGUGUUUCAUUAGAUGAUGAUGAUGACUACCUGUCAGAGCGGGCCAUAGAUGAAGUGUACCAUCUGUGGUGUCUGGCGGGGGGAGACCUGGAGAAAGAGCUGACCAAUAAGGAGAUCAUUCAGUCAAAGCCUCCAAUCUGCACAGUACCCAAGUACAUCUUUAGCAUUUGCAUGCUAAGACAGGCAUUUAGCUUUUCAGUAAUAUCUAGAGCUGGUAAAGACUUCUCCUCUUUUCACCACCGUGUUUUUUUAUAGCUUUGUCCUGGAAGAUGGGGAGACAUUUGGCCAAAGGAGGGAUAGAAGUUUCUUGCUUGACGACACAACAGUGACACUGCCUUUGUGUCAACUCAGAAACGUAAGGCAACAAAAGAGUAAAAGGAAUUCUAGUUCAGUGUUGUGUAAUUAAGUGCAUCAUUCAUAAAAGAGCGGUUUUAAAUACGUCUCCUUCAUAAGGGCCUCUCUAACUGCUCACCAUUCUCAUGACUGAACUCUUUCGCCAUGUUUAGAGACAAAAGAUCAGAAAUCAUUUGGAAACUGUUAAACUAUUUAACCCAAAAGCUGUAAGUGCUUGUUUGUUACACCCAUUUGUGCUGUUUAGAAUUCAUCACUGAGCUAUUUCUUAGGUAAAAUGUGCCUUUACUUUUGAACACAGCUAAUCCAGAUGGUGACUGACAAACACUGCAGAUUUAAAAUACACCCUUGCACUUGAUUUGACCUCUAAAAUAAAUGCAUCUAACAAUUUUCAGAGACUGAAAGAUGUAGCAGGAGAAGCCUAUUACCCUCUACUGGAAGACGAGUAAGCAAUUUCCAUCCAUCCUUUCCUCCCCGUCACUAUUUUUCACAUCACAGUCAUUUAUUUUGGCCUUGGUAAUGUCAUCCUGCCUUUUGCUUCUCCCUCCUUCAGACAGUCAAAUCUGCCCCAGUCCAACAGCAGCAACGAGCUGUCGUCCACCGUCAAGCUGCCGCUCAUCAUCCGCGAGAGAGACACCGAGUACCAACUCAUCCGCAUCAUCCUCUUUGACAGGCUGCUCAAGGUCCGCGAUCCAUACAAAUCCAGACAGUCUCACACAUGAGGACACAAGCACAAGGGUUUCUACGCACAUCAGCGUGUCUUUCCCAAUUAGACAGAAUAUCUAAAUAUGACAGGGCCUGCUGAAUUUUCGACAACAUUAUUCCCUGUACUUGUGAAAGCUAUUCUCUGAUAAGGCUGUUGUUCGAUAAGAUUUGGGAAAUAUAUUCUCUGUGUCAUGUUUAUCCUCAGGCUUAUCCUUACAAGAAAAACCUUGUGUGGAAAGAAGCCAGAGUGGAUAUUCCCCCUCUUGUUCGAGGAUUGGCAUGGGCAGCUCUGCUGGGCAUUGAGGUGAAAGAUAAACAGUGUUUUUUCUACCAAUCCUUCUCUAAAUGAACACAAAAAGAGUGAGCAACACAGGACCACUUGCAUUUAAACUCUCUAACUUCUUCACGUAUAAUGAAAGUUAAUCGGUGUAAAAACAGUCGCCUUGCUCUACAAAGUAUAUAAAUAGCUCUCCAUCUAUUCCAACAAAUUCACUUUUGUUAAUAUUUACUGAACAUCCUGCCAAAACUCUAAUCAGACCCUCUGAGGUCUUUUGGUUUCAUUGCAGGCAAGCCCUGAAUUUUCUCUAUUGUUUGCAGAAGAAACAUAUUUACUCUUAAUAUUUCCUUCUUCUGUGUGAGGUUAUGCUGACACUGCACUUUCACUAACAGAGUUAUUUGCUCAAGCACUCGUCUUUCGUACCUUUACACAGGGGGACAUUCAAGCCAAGUAUGAGAGCAUCGACAAAGACACUCCCAUACCAACGGACAGACAGGUAUGAUACUUAAAACUUGACAACUUCAAGCUGCUUCAGGCGAAUUAUUUUAUGUGUUUUAACUUCAUUCUUCUGUUGUGUCGCCUUUUCUGCAUGUGUACAGAUUGAGGUAGACAUCCCACGCUGCCAUCAGUACGAUGAGCUGCUGUCGUCUCCUCAAGGCCACGUCAAAUUCAGACGAGUUCUGAAGGCCUGGGUGGUUUCACACCCUGAGCUGGUCUACUGGCAGGGUAUGACACAGAAUUGUAAUACUCACUAUCAUACACAAGAUGGCGUGGUUGUCUCAUCGUUCUUGCCUGCCUUUACACCAAAGCAACAUUACGCAGCAGAUUAACGUCUAUUUCUUCUCAACAUUUCAGGUUUGGAUUCUCUUUGUGCCCCGUUCCUCUACUUGAACUUCAACAAUGAAGGCAGGAGUUUGAUUUUUUUUAAUUCUGCUGUCACUGCUGAGCGUUAUUUUCUUUUGUUUUCCUUUUUAGCAUCCUUACAUACUUCUGUCAUUCCCUUUACAGCCCUGGCUUAUGCCUGCAUGUCUGCCUUUAUCCCCAAAUAUUUGUACAACUUCUUCCUGAAAGACAACUCUCAUGUCAUUCAAGGUGAGUAACACGAAAAUAAACACGUCACAGUAAAACUGCUCUAAGUUUAGUGGUUGAACAGUUUAGUGGUGCAUUUCAGAGUUCAAUUUUUUAGUUUCCUCUUGAAUUUGGUGUGAAUAUAAAUUGAAUUUUUGAGCCACUGUAGUAAAAAGCCACUUCAAGUUAACAAACAAGUAUUUAACGUGGUCAAAGCAGAAUGAAAUUAUCAUCAGCUGCCACAAAGCAUUAGCUCAAUGUCAAUUAACUUCGGGCUCCAUGUUGUUCCUAGAGCUGUGCAAACUAAUUCCACUGCUUCUUAAUGGAGUUUGCAGCUGAGUCACAUCGUUUGGAGAUAGGGAAACAAAUGAAACUACAAAAGCCUGUGGAGAAAUGUCGCACACGAUUCCUGUGUGACUGAUAAACAGCUACACAACACACCUCUUGAACUCGGUGGGGAAUGUGGCUGUUAUCCUUUCUCUUUUCCUGCUAAAUGCCCCGGAGAAAUAGCUAAUGUUUAUCUGCUCCUUUUGUCGGCUUACAGUGUGAAUAAUGGUGUUGGUUCAGCACUACAACACUUUAAGUCUUCAUAACUCGACUGACAAAAUUGAGUUUGCCUGCAAAUUUUUUUUGCUUUUUGUGGCUUUUGAUCAUUUGAAACCUCAAAGACAGUUUCUAAAUUUCCCAGUCUUUUAUUUUUGGGUUAUAGUAGAACAAAAUGAAUCUAUAAAUCUCAUUGGUUCCUAAGUGUUGUACUGGAUCCCAUCAUUUAUAAUGUUUAAGUUCUCUCGAAUAAUCACUGCUGACUGUAAAAUCUGUGUGAACUCGGCUUUACUGGGUUGUACAUAAACCUUUCACCCUUUUGUCUGUGCUGCAGAGUAUUUGACUGUCUUCUCCCAAAUGAUUGCCUUCCAUGACCCUGAGCUCAGCAACCAUCUGAAUGAGAUCGGCUUCAUCCCUGACGUAAGUUACGAGUUGCUUAAGCGCACAAGUCUUCUCAAACACUGACGAUAAAUACAGAGCUGGAGGACAUUCGAGGAUAACAUCGUCGUCUUCUGUAGAAAAUGAACUAAAGUGUGAAGUCAAAGAUAAUAAGAUAAAUUUGUAGUUUGUGGCAUGGCACCAGUGGCAAGGAAAAUGACCGUCCAUGGAUCACUUAAUAUAUCUUUCAUUGUCAGUGACAUUUCUCGUUUCACAUCCUCCUUUCCCGAAUUUGUGCUGAGGGUCAAGUUGUCCCUGUAGCCCACUGCUGAUGAUUUAUACAGCGACUAAUGUCUGCUAGGCAGUCUUAAUGAUUGUCCUCUGCCAGGCUUACCUUAUUUCUCUUACUCUGUGCCACCUCUUCCUGCUCUUCGCUUUCCUCUUUACGUCUCAGCUCAGACAGUGACAAGGUUAAAGUCUGUACCAUCUCUCUCUGGGGUUUCAGUUAGCACACUGAUGAAUGUGUGUCACCUGUGGACCGGCCUGUGGGACAUUACCUAAUGAAAAGUGGGGGUUUUAUCACAGAGGAGUCAGAGAGUUAAGUUUCUUUCACCUCUUCCUCCUUCUCCUCCUGUUUCUCCUUGCUGUUUUUGCAGCUUCUUUCCAAAAGUGGUACAAAUGAAAUACACAACUGUUCUUUUAGAUGAUCAGGUACGUUAUAAAGUGAGAAAGACAAGGUAACAUUUGAAGAGAUGGUCGUAUGAGUGUUUACUGAGCAAUAGACGACUGUUAGACGUCUAGUUUCUUUAGCCCUAAUUUCAACCGUCUAGAUUCUGUAUGUUUUUAGACAGAAUUUAGACGUUGCACUUUUACCCAUUAUUCGAUAACUAUGUAUUUCAAAAAGUAACUGUGAGUUGCGUAACUUAACCAAAAUAAUUAUGAUAGCCACUGAGCAAAAUACAGUGUAGUAUAACUAUAGCCCAUGUUUAGACUUGGUCUAAACUUGGUCUAAAUUUAGACGUCUAAAAACUUUCAUCUUUAGACCUGUGGUAGCCUGAUUUUAGACCAGUUGUCUAGGCUAAAUUUAGACGUCUAUCAGACCUCUUUUAGACCAAAAGAUGCUCAGUGGGUGUUUACUGUGGGCAUUGUUGAUGUUCUUUUUAAUCACUUAAUCUGGAUGAGAUGUUGAGGUGAGAUUAUUUUUGCAUGCUGCUGGUCUGUUGUCUGUUUGUUCAGACUUGGCUUUCUCUCAUGGCGUUAGUUAUCUCAACACUGAUUACAUGUACACCACUACCAGCAAUGACUUGCCUUUCAGAGUUGGCAUUGUAUGCCUGUUCUCAUUGUUAGGCCAUGAUAAUAUUGGAACAAGUGUUGUUGAUGCAGCUUUCACACUUGAUGUCAAUCCCAGUAAUUAGACUUUUCAGUCCAUAAAUCCCCCUUUUCUUCCUAUGAACUUAGGGGAAGACUCCAGAUGCUUGUUAUACCGAGGCGCUAUAAAUCCAUCAGCUCUAAAAGACCAAAUGUCACCGCAGCAUGAAAUAGCUUUGAUUUCCUAUAUAUGCAUACCAAAAUGGGCCCAGCUAAGCAGUUUGUCUGUCAGAACAAGACAAAUCUUUCGAGAGCUUGCAGAAAACCUCAAGUAAUCUUGGAGAUGUCUUGUUGUUUAAGGGCUUGACUUCAGAGCUUCUUCAAGCCAAAGAUAGAGAACCAGCCAGUGGUUUAACUCAUUUUGACAACAUCUGCUUUUCUGGGUCAGCCACUUAGAACUAUAGUAAUCUAUUCUGUCCAGCAGUGUUGAGUUAUUAAAACUGAGGUAAAGACUCAGAGCGCAAAGGUUUUCUUUCCUGUCCACCCCACACUCCUGAGCACAGAAAAGAAAUAAUGAACAUUCACCAGCUCCACCACAAUUAGCCGUCUAUUAGCUGCCUUAGACAAGCUCCAGCUCUCCUGCACCAGGCGCUCUGCCUCUGAAUAAAACAGAGUCUCUACCACCCCGGCCAGUGAUUAGCAGGUGUUAUAACAGGUGCUUAAUGGCGGAGUCUGUGUAUGUGGAGGGCACGGUCCUCCAUUUCAAUUUCAUGCAUUUCCCUUGUGGGGAAAGUAUGGAGUGAUUAUAGUGGAGUAGGAGAGGAAGGAGGGAUGGAUGACAGAUUGGUAUAAUGAGAUUCAUUGUUAGCUUCCUCCCCACUGAUUAAUAACCAGAACCUGCCGUUUGCUCUGUAUUGACUUUUGUUUUGGGAGGUUGGCGAGAUAUGCAGCCAUUUGUGCUUGUGCUUUUCUUAAAGACAGAAAUCUCUCUUGGGCUCUCAGUUAUGUUUUGACAUCCUGAAUAUCACGUUCAAAUGAAUGCUGCAUUAUCUCAGUAAACGUGCUUAUAUUUCACAUCUCGUCAUCUUUUCUUUCCACACAGCUCUACGCUAUCCCCUGGUUCCUGACUAUGUUUACACGUAAGUGGCUUUUCUUUCCACAAAGUGGCACAGUGCAUAAUUCAGAACUUUCAAAAGGGUAUUUGUGUCUGCUUCAAUUAGAGUAUCAAUGAAAGAGAGAAAAGGUUGGCAGCUCUGGAAUGGACAAGUUCUGAAGGUUUUUGCGUGUUUUUUUCUCCUGUUGACCUUUAUACUAGCUGCUAAUUAAUUCCUGGCCUGAAGGGAAAAGACUCGACCGCUUAGACCCUCUCCAACUCUGAUUUUCAUUAGCAUAAACCAUCCUUAUUUUGUAUGCAUUUAAAAACAUAAAAAGGUACUACAUAUGACUGCUAAAGCAGCUGUGUGCAAUGACUCUGUCUCAUAAAAAAAUCGUCAUAAAACUGGAAAAGAUUUUGACUUUGCGUUCAAGAUACUCCAGAAAAAAUAAGGGUUUACCACACUUAGCCAAACAGCCUGAUUUGUUUACUCUCUAUUUGGACUGCUUGGUGGAAACUAAGCUUUAAAGUCUACAUUCCCCUAUAGGUGUAAUCGAAAUUCAGAAGGGUGAAGAUGUAUAACCACUUAAAUAGAAUGCUCAUUCUGUUCUUGGUAACUUAAACCGAGGACAAACACGUACCAUACGAAGAUGAAGAGAAAGAGGAGAGAGGUUGUUGUGUGCAAAGAAAUUAUAUUGAAAGAGGUUCUUGAAGGCUUUAACAUGACAAAUGGAGGAUCAUGCCGAUCAUUCAUCACAGGAGCCUCUUGUCCUGGAAGGCCACCGUUGCUUCACUGAUGGAAAGGCAGAGCAGGGACGUGUUUCAAUAUAGAGUCUGACCGCUAGAUACUGCAAAACAUCUGGAACAGGAGGGUUACUUAUUAUAUAUGAAAUCUGUACUUUCUUUUAGUUUUGAGGUGCUUUACUUUUUAGUUUUUGCAACUUUACACUUUUAUUCCAACAAAUGUCUAAAGUGGUGUUAAACUGUCCACCAAGAGAUGAAAUAAACAUUAAAAAAUGACAAUUUCAUAUCAAUGUGAAGCAGCUGUUUCUAUUAAACCACCCACAAGUGUCACCCUUAAAGCAAUCAACAUUAGUUCCUUUUAACCAGAUAAAAAAACUGUCUUAUAUGUUGUUGUAUGAACAUCAAUCAAUCAAUCAAACUUUAUUUAUAAAAUAACCAUUAACUGAUGAUAGCAUUGUAUAAUAUAGAAUUAAGUUACAUAGCAUAAAACAAUAGACCACAGCACAUCACAGCAUCAGCUAAGCCUUUCAUAACAGACCAGCAUUGUGUUGUGUUUCCGAAAAGCGUGGGUCUUUGUAUGCAGAAAUGUGUCUGUACUGAGUGUCACGUCUCUUUGUCUUGGUGACUAAACAGAGCUGAUCUGUUGACUUUAAAAGCUUAUUAAAGCACUUCUCAUGGGCCAGCCUGCACUGUUGUCUACAUUUAAGCAGUGACUCACCUAAACUGUCAAUGCACUGCUGCAUUACAAAUUUAACACACAGUUGUGCCUGAGAUGUUUUGUUGGAUCUAGCAGGAAAGAUAAUGUGGCUGUUGGGGUGGAUGUUAGCACGCAGCUUUUUCAGGAACAUUAAAAUCACUGUUAGAGAGUCAGAAUUAAACUCAGAGUUAUUGUAUUCAAGGUGCACCAUAGUAACUUGAAUGGAAAUGUGAAUACAACAAUUUUACUGUGUUGACUGUCUUGAAUUAGAUUUUUUGUACCACAUUUUAGCAGAACACCAGCUUAAAUGUAAGUGUCAGUAGUAGGGCUGGGCGAUAAACCGAAAAUUUACCUAUACAAAAAUUUACGUCAAUAACCGACAUCAUUUUGCCCAUCAUUGGAUGUGUGUAGGUAGGCUAUGGUCUCGUCCCUUUUAAGAUGCUGUCCUACGUCAGAGACGUGACUCCACCCCAUCCAGUCCGUAACAAAGAGGGACGGACAGGUGAGGAGAUGGAGGACGGUUUAAAAGUUGGAGCGACUAGAGCGGCGGCUGAAGUAGACGAAGUUAAUGUGGGAGGGGUGAGCAGCUUGUGGAGUAGUUAUCUUCCAUUUAUCGUUAUUGAGGUGAACUGCUGAAUAUAUUGUGAUAUUGAUUUGAGGCCAUAUCGCCCAGCCCUAGUCAGUAGAUUAAGACACUUGGAUUGGUGUGAUCAUUUUCAGGUCUUAGAUUUGCUCUGCGAUCAGAUGCUGCGCGCUAAAUUUGCAACACAUUUCAAUAAAACUGCCGGUUCAUAUAUCAGUGGUGUAAAAAUGAAUUUGGCAGAUAUGAGAGUAUUUGCAUUACUGGCUCAAGUGAGCAGUGAUUUCUAACUAGUUGAGUAAUGUUGACAGAUGUGAUGCACAACAAUAAUAAGCAGAUAACCAGGAGACUCUGCACAAAGUUUACGGCUCCCUAAAUAAAUGUUACAGAUUGCAGCAGUAAUUGCCGUUUUCUCUGCUUCAAAGGAAAAAAAGAAAUAUGUUGAUUCUAUUUGGCGUCCAUUUAUUUCACGAGUCCUUUCACCUUCUCUGCAGUGUUUGGGGUCCAUAAAGCUUUUUAUUGGCUGCUUCUCAGCAUGCAGUUUGUCAGUUGAUGGCAGUAUUACGCUUUUAUCUUUCCGUGGAGCGCAGUUUGAGUUCUGAAAUACGAGCGUAUUAGCAGGGGGUCUCCGAUCAUUGUUACAAAUCAAAAGAUAUGCAAUUAACCUCUGUGUCUUCUAGGUACAGUCCCACCACACAGUGCAACUGUUUGAAUAACUUUUGGCCUUCUUCAUAUAAAUUAGAAAAGUUGAAUUGGAACUCUGCUGGUCUGCAGGCUUACAUGAAUCAUUGCAAAAUUCAUUUCAGUUCAGGCCUUUGCAUUGGUUUAAUUCAUUUUUAACCUCAACACACACAUACACAGUCGCAGGCCACUAGUGGUGGUGGAGAGUGUGAGAUGUGACCCUUUUACCCCUGAUUCCCCCCUGAGGUGGUGAGUGAGUCCAGUAUUCAGGAGAGGUGCCCCUCUGACUGCUAAUGUCCCCAAUCCAAUAUAAGACAAGGUUGGAGGGUCAUCUUCUAUUCACCCACAGCCACUCAUACACACACACACACACACACACACACACACACACACACACACACACACACACACACACACACACACACACACACACACACACACACACACACACACACACACACACACAGCUCUCUGCUCAGCUGACUGCUAAUGUGGCACGGACCCUCUGAGGCUCUUUUUACACACUCAGCCCACACACAUCUCCUGCCUUGUAUUCCUCUUAACAAACCCUGGGAUGAUAUAAACAGGUGGAGAGUUUUGCGUCUAAUGCAUGAAACUCACUGAGGAGGAAACAUUAAAUUCCCAAAUACUGAGAGCAAUAUGACUGUGAUGAUAACUGCAGUGGGACGUAUUAUCAGGAUGUGGUUUUGUUUGGCUUUAAACAACCUGUGCAGGUCUCUUUCUCUAAAGCUCCUCAGCCCCCUGAUGUUCCUCCUGUCAUUUUUCCGCAACAACACCCACCUAGAAACAUUUUCCCAGCUGCCUCCCCCUCAUCAAAUAUUCCUCCAGGCGCUCUUUCCAAUGCACAGUGCUGCUUUGUGAGCUUCCCAUUUUAAAACCAUAGAGCCAUGUUAAGUAAAUGCACUAUGCAAAUCAUACUCAUUAUGUACAAACUGAUUCAUCAUUUCUUACUGUGCGCGCUAUUGUCCUGUUAGAAGGGUUUUAUUUUGCAUUCCUCGAGGGAUUUGUCUUUUCAGCCACUCUUCCAGUCAUUCAUUCUGUGUAAAAUCUCCCUCUUUUUGUGUUUAUUUUUCUUUUCGCGAUGUAGAUGUGUUUCCGUUGCACAAGAUCUUCCACCUGUGGGAUACGCUGCUGCUCGGUAACUCCUCGUUCCCCUUCUGUAUCGGUGUGGCCAUACUGCAGCAGCUCAGGGACCGACUCUUGGCAAACGGCUUCAAUGAGUGCAUCCUACUCUUCUCUGACCUGCCAGGUAUGAGUAUGGGCUGAUAGAGUUCAUUUUUUCUAUCUUUACAACAUUUUCUUUCAUUUCUUUUCACUCCUGCACCUAUGAACAAGUAAAAUCACAAAAACCCUUCUCUUCCUCCCUUAAACCUGACUUAAAGAUUGUGUAUCUAUAUCAGCGAUUGGCCCGGGCAGAUGAUAUUCAAAGAGUUAGCCACUCUGUGCCCCUACACUGACAUACUCCCACCUCAGUGUGCAGUAGGUGCGCCUCGCUCUGCUCUACAUUUGUUCAACAAUCACCUGCUUCACUCAGGGAAGGACGAGUGCGACAGACUCACAACCAAAGUGAUUUUCCAGCUCCAUUUCUCACCAUCUUCAUUCACUGCUUAGAGUCCAUGUUUACUCUCUGAAGGUUGUUUAUUUGCUUGUUUUAUCAUCGAAUUAAGUGGUGGCUGAUGGGUUUUCAGUGCUGUCAGACAUGUACCAGAGUGGCUAAGUGGCCUUUUUCAGCUCAGCACUGUGCAUUCAGAGUGCUCAUGCAAGAGAGGGAGAUACAGGGUGACACAAAUAAAUAAAGACAAGGGUUAUUACAAGAAUGUAAGGCUGAGCCUGAAUCAACUAUCUAUUUCCCUGGCAUUAUAAUAUGCAUAUAUAUUUAUAUCAAAAAGGCAGAAGGUCUUACUGUAGUAUUAAAGGAGGAGUCAGAAACGGAUUCUCCAGUACAUAGACACAAUACAUUUACAUCAUUAUUAUUCCUGUGACAGUAAGUAUUUAGUUUUUUCUUUUUUCCCAAACUUAUAACAAGUUCAGACACAUACUAAUUUCAGAUCUUAAACCUCUCAAUACAAAAGUGGCAAGUUUCUGUUUUACAAAACAAGGCAUGAGGUGGUGGGAAACUAUGGUAGCUUACAUUUAAAUAUAGCCAUUUGACUCGUAUAUCUGUUAGACCCCGGAGGUUAUAGUGCAUAAUGAGCUUUAGGAGAAAUUCAGGAACUUAGUAUCAUUCCUUCAUGAAUAUGCAUUAUCAGUAUCCUUGCUCUGUUGGUUACAUGUACUUCUUUAGCACUUCUGACAGUUGAAACACCCAGGCUGUGGGGUUUUUAAUGUGAUAAAAGGCAAGCUUGCAUACAUUUCCCCUAGGACUUUGAUAUAUUUGUCGACUGUGUAUGCCACAAGACAGUAGACUGCUAAUGGUGUCCCUUAAUGCGUGCCCUCUGUACCGCUUCUUUUCAGUGGCACAAAAUGGUUACUUCAGCAAAGUACCAGUGACAAAAAACUAAGAGUGGCAUUCAUAAUUUAUGUCCUCAGAUUGUACCUUUUGCUCGGGGAAAAGUUUCAAGUAUUUUCCUUAAAACUCUAUGUCCAAAUUUUGCUCAGCCCUCUUUUUUUUUUGCUCUCACUGAAAGGUAGAAUGACAUUGGUGUUUUAAUACUAACACGGACAGGGGCAAUUUGUCUGAAAGGCAUGCCGAAGCGCUCUCUAAACUAAUGCCAGCAGCCUCUCCUUCAGCCUGAUUUCAGUGUUGCUGUACUUCACUGUGUUUAAAUGCCCAAGUCCAACAGAUUCAUGUGAUGAGGGGAAAGGAAAAAAAGGAGAGCCAGUUCUCCUUAUAAAGGUAAAAUAUGUUAGACUAGAGCAGCAGGCGGCUUCUCUGGCAAGGCUUCCUGAGAGUGGCUGCCGCUGCCAGCCAGUUUCUGUAUAUCACAGUCAGCCUCAUUAUCGCAGCUUGUGUAUACCAGGGUAGGUGUUAGCCUUGCAGCUAAAGAAUCAGCCCUUUUUUCACAAUUUCUACAGGAAUAUUCACAAUAUUUGACAUGCUUGUCGGUCAGAAGUCAGCAUGAUCAACUUUGAAAAAAAAAAAAAAAAAAAAAAAAACUGCUUAAGAUUUUAUCCUCCACAGGGGGCGCCAAAAUUGACAAACGCCAGAAGUUCCUAACAAAGACAUAAAAAAAGAUUUAACCUCUUCGGGCUUUUUAGCCUGGAACAUGCAAGUUAAUCUUUUAAAUACUUUUAUUUUUUAGUCAUGGGGAAGCUCUAGAGAUGGCAGUGACUCUCUGCCUUGUAAGCUAAACCUUAAGCUGCCUUCGAGUUACCUUGGAAGUCAGAUGUCCGAGCUGGAGAUGACGUCACUCCUGAGUUACCAGCGUUUCAGUUACCAAGUCUGAAAAAAGCAAAAUCAGAGGCGGGAACAAGAUGGCUAGAUCUAUGAAAGUUAUCCCUAGCUUACAUUCGGACAAGGCAAGCGCUGAAAUAACUUUCAUAGAUCUAGCCAUCUUGUUUGCGCCUCCGAUUUUGCUUUUUUCUGACUUGGUAACUGAAACGCUGGUAACUCGGGUGUGACGCCAUUCCCAGCUUGGACAUCUGAUUGUCUAGGUAACUUGAGCAUUCGUAUAUAUAAGCUGUAUUUUUGUUAGCAUUUCAGCAUACUUUUUAUUACAUUUAGCUCAAAGCACCAUUGUGCCAGCCAUUUCUCAGGAAAGCUAUCAUUUUCCAACCUUAUCUCGUCCUCAUAACAAAAUCUAAAUAAUACUUAAAGUGACUGACCUUUAUGUUUUAUGGGUUAGAGUAAAGGUUUAAUCGCAGACUUUAGUUGUUAGUCUUUGUUGAAAGCGAGGUUUAAGGUUUUCGUCCGUACCCUGCCUUUAUACAUUUGUGUAGUCACAAACCUACACUUACACACAGUGCACAAAUAUUGGGCCAUGAGUUAUGGUGGAUACCCUGUGAUUUGUGGCUCACACCUGCUCCUUUCUACUGUCAGUCGUGCAGAAUUGAUGUCCAGGUACACCUGAGGCCAACGUUCAUUUGUUUCUGAACACAAGCUCCGCAUGCCUGUUACUACAUGAGCUGCAUGCGGGGUACCAGAGAGAAAUAUACCCUGAUGUCAGCUGGACUCCACUACAGACAAAGAAUAGACCCAGCCGGCCUGUAAAGCAUUAUGCAUUUUCACUCAAAGAAAUGUCUGAACUUUAAAAAAACGUAUCGGCAGGUUUGACAUUUGGUUGUGAAAUGAAGAAAAGUCUUUCCAUUUUCAAUUCCUGUCUGCAACUGUCAGGAUAAAAGCUAACAGUCGAGAUAACGGUGCAAGACAGAGGCUCUUAAAUGGUUCAGACACACUCUCCUCUUUUCCCUCUUUCAAGGCUGUAAAUGCGGCCAGUGACAAUAAUUCCCAGUGACAAGCCUAUUACACAAACACUCCGAAGUCUAUAGUCGCCAAUAUCCCGACGAGGAGGAACGAGUUUAGAUUUAAAGGAAGUGUUACGGACUGUGAGGUCAAGUUCAACCACUGGUUCCCCAAACUGGCCUUAAGUCAAAUGAGUCAAUAUCUGACAUACAAGUUUCACAAAAACAUUCCUCACAUAAUCUCACUUCUCUAAAUUAUCACACAUGGGAAAACAGAAGUUGAUUUUUAUUUUGUUCUGUGUUGUGUGUAUUAAAGUCUGAAAUAAAACAAAAUAGGAAACAGGUGAGACCCGUGCUGCAACAUUUUGCCUUGAAGCCAGCAAUACAUCUCGGCCUGCAGUUAGCUGCCAAUUAAUCUCAUUCUGUGAUUCCCAUUUGCUUAGUCCCAUUGCCUCAGGUAAUCCAUAACUUUCUCUUGUUUGGAGACUUCAUUGAUUUACAAAGGUCCACAGAGACUCUCCGCCUGACAGGAGCCGUGUGUUUACUGAUGAUGCAGCGGCAUUUGCCUUCACGGGACAUUAGCAUCUGUCUCAAUGAGCAGAGCGCAGCACACAACUGAUGGGCUCUGGUUGUAGAUGUGUAGUUCUGAGAAAGACAACCAUGAGCUGUCGGAGGUGCUCGAGGAAAUGUUGCACGCAGGGUUACCCGGAGUGCAGCAGGAGGAGUAGUGGAUCAUUGAUGUUCAAGGUUUAGUCUCGGGAGUGCGUGACAGAUACGGCGUAACGUGUUUCAUUUACCUUCAGGAAUUGGUUUGAUUGUGUAGUGUGGAGCAUUUUGAAAACGAGUGCAAAAAUAAAACUGCAACACGGCCCUGGGUAAGGUCUAUGGAGUCAUGGUGAUAUGGAUUUACGAUCUCAUUUUUGAAUCCUCUCAGAUUUACUGUCAAGUCGUAGUAUGAGUUUAACACAAAACUCAAAUAGCCUGACCUCUGACCUUGGAGUAAUUUUUCAGUUUCCCACACUCAUUUUCAUUUGAGAGUAAUUGACACUGAGUCAUUGAUGGUAUUCAGAGCUGUACAUUACAUUGAUAAUAUCAUCUUGUAAUUUAAUAAAGUGGUUUUGAUGUGCAGUUAAUACUUUCAAAAGAGUGACAUUCACAACUUCAUGCAAGAAAAAAAACUGGACCUAAAGUGAUAUUGACUGUCGGAUAAAAUACUUGUGCAUGGAAAAGUUCUAAAAAUGUAUUUGACAUGAACAGAUAAGAGUUUAGCACAGAUUUAAUUUGGAGCAGCAAAAAUAAGCCGACUGCAAAAUGAAGCUUCAUCUUACUCAGUAUGUCAGUUGGGUCUUUUGCCAUCUUAUUAAAAACUCUAAGCCUUCAAAACUCAUUAAAUUGUUCGAAUGUCAUAGCAGAUAUAAAAAAGUAAGAUUUGUCAUGUGUGCAUGCAAAAACCUCCCUCUUAAUCCUGUUUGUAAUAGGAUCAUUUUCCGAGAAUAAGAACAUGAAUGGAAUGAUUUUACUAUUUAGAAAGUGUGGUGCAACAUACAAUCUCAGAGAAAUGGAAAAUCAUUUUGUUUUUGUUAACUUAAUAUGAGCCUUUUAUAUCUGCACGACAAAGGGGUGCCCCUCUUAAAGAGGCAAGUAACAUAUCUGUUUGUGUUUGAAAAAAGAAGGAGAGGGUGGUUGUUGAUGUGCACAACUUUUUUUUUAACUUUAUUUUUAUGAGGUCAUUCAUUUUUUUCAAAAUACUUAGAGAGAAAGGGAAAGAAUUAGAAAAGACCAAGAAAGAAAAGGCACAGAUGGAAAAGUAUACAUGCACACAUAUAUAUAUUAUUACACAGGGGAGAGAAGAGUCACAGUAACAAUGCGUACGUUUCAAGAGGUAGGUCCAGGGUUUAGAGAUAUUUCAGUCACUUUUGUUCCGUUUGUCCAUAGUCUAUCCUUUAUAUCAAAACAGGACAGAGGCACAACAUAAUUUUUAUUGAUAGACGUUUGGACUUAAGAAAUAACCAAAGAUUUUUCCUGUCCAGAAACCAGCCUAUUAGAGAAUGUCAGUAGCUAAAAGUUAGCUGUAUCUCAUCCAUCUUCAUUUUCAUCUUCAUCCUUUUUAUUGCCUUAAAUUCAUGCUGGCAUGCAGAGAACUGCUGAUUCAAAGGAAAGCACAAGUAUUCAUCUUUUUGACAAAUUCUGUUUUCAUUGUCAAACAUGAAAGAAAAUGUCAACUGCGUGAGAGUAUCACACUGUCUGUGGGAAAAAAAAUCAUCAACAUGCAUUUUUAAAGACAACGUUCCAGUGACAUUUCUCAAGGGGCUCGGAAAGACGGCCUAAGAGGGGACCAGCAACAGCAGCACAUAGCUCAUGUAUAAACAGACACAGAAUAAUAAAUAAGCAAAAAAAUGUCAGUAUCAGACUCAGUAAGUGCCUGCAUUUCACAAUCAGUGGAUCUCAGGCUAUAAAAUCCUUGAGCAAUGACUGAUCACUUCAAAAGGAAGAGUGUUCAGUCAUUGUGGUCGAUUUUUUUUUUUUUUUUUUUUUUUUUUUCCAGUGAAAACAUUCAUCACCUACAUUACUUUUUAGCAGCAUGCAUCAUUCUUUCAAUUUAAGUUAAAAUAAAGUUAUUAUCAGUAUGAUGUUUAAAUGUGUUUAAAAUGGAUGGGUGGCAAUUUCACUCCACACUUCCACCUGAUGAUAUCUUUAGUGCGCAGUUAAACAGCUUUUCUAAAAUCAUUACUUACAAUAAUAAAGUCAUAAUAAAGUAAUUACUCAGGAGAAUAAAGUCCUUGUAAAGUAAUCACUUAUAAACGUAAAGUCAGAAUAAAGUCCUUAUAUUCUAAUCUGUUUUUUAAGAUGACAGUUGUUGAAAUGAGAGCCAUGGAGCAUUUUGUGAAAAUGAACUUCAAUGUCGGUUUCUCAAACAAGGAGAUACUUAAUCUUUUGGCACAUGAGCAUUACAUUAUCAUAAGUAACCUAUCAUAAUGAUUUUAAUAUGACUUUGUUCUCUGAAGUACUGACUUUAUUCUCGUAAAUUAAUGACUUUAAUCUAGAAGUCUGAUUUUUUUUUAUAUGCCCCUAAUACUCUGUUGUACUUUUCCACCAUUAAGACAGGAUUUUUUUUACUAAGUACCUGUAAAUUCAAAGUAGUAUAUGAAUAACAGUGAAUUUUAUGCUGUGUUUACUCUUAUAUUGGAGGUUGGAGUAUUAUACUGCAACAAGUUUCAUCUUUUAAAAAAUGCCCCUUUUUUUAUUAUUGUCAGGUUUUUCUUCUGUUGCAGCAAAAUCCAAUUCCACAACCCCCCCACCACCCCGAGUUGUUCUUAACUGAUCAUGCUGUUCUAUUAUUUGUGGCAGCAAGUCACAGCAUACAAUCAACACCUAUACAUAAUUACUGAAAUGUAAUUUUGUCUGACUAAAAAGAAGAAUUGCUCCUUAAUAGAAUUGGCUGCAUUAGAAUUCCCAGCUGAGCCCAGGGCUUGUUAAAGCCGCUAUCAAUCUCCUCUUCCUCAUUCCUGCCUCUUUUAGCACCAGGAGUGAUUGCAUACAGCAUUCGCUGCCCCAGGGAGAGAAAAUGUGUUUCCCUGAGCUGCCUGUGAGCAUGCCGGCGAGGAAUCCUAGACCACCAGUGUGUUUUUCUUCGGAAUCAACCUUGUCACUGAGUCAGUGAGGUCUGGGCCCGGGAGACCCGACAGUCCUCUAACCUUGACGCCCCUGUGGGACAGACUGGAGGAAAGAUACCAGCCUCUUAUAUUGUGCCUGAGCCAGGAACAGGUCAUUCUGAGGAACACUCAUUAGCCUGACUUGCCUAUUAACUACAAAAAAAAGGGCAGUGAAAGAGAGAGGCGGUCAGUGUGAAAGGGUGUGAAGGAAAGAAUUCCUAAUUUACCCAAAUCCUCGGCUAAUCCAGUGAGUCCCUGUUCCCUAAUCCUCUCUUUUCUCAAAGUAGGAAGCAGGAGAAAGAUGGAAGCUGCUCGAGAGGCAUUAGAGGAAAGAUUUUGCUUUGCACUAAAAACAUUUUUGGGGGCAAGAGCUCAGAUAGGGGACAGCAGCUUUAUGAUGGCCAGUUAUCCUGAAGAGCCACUUGUACUGUAGUGGACGGCUACUUAAGAUUAUUAAUGGCAGCAAAAUGCCAAGGUCAAGCUGCUCAUGUCUGUAACCAAACCUCCCACAGUACUAAUCUCCUCUGAUUUACGUUUGACUCAAGAGAGGGAAUUUCUCUGUUCUCCAGCAGCACACUCCAUUUAUCUAUUCAUUUCUCAUUCUCACACAGCCGUGAAAUCAUUUGCGAAAGAGAAAUGUUGCUAUGGAUAAUUGAAUAAGUAAGAGAUGAGCACAUGCCCUCAGUCGUUUAAAAUAUCUUAACAAAUAUAAAUUACCUUUAAACAAUCCAUCUUCAUGUUCUUGAUCUUCAUGCCAUACUGAGGAUGAAAUCUGAUAUCUUCAGUGAUCCUCUGAGAUUUCAUUUGGCAUCACCAUCGGGUCAAAGUGUUUAUAAGUCCAAAGCUGUUACGUCUUUGUUGGCGUUGAUUGGCUGUGUUCUUUUUUGUCUUCGCUCACAAUACUCGUCACGUAGCUACCUGAUGAUACAUUAUUCAUAUACAGUCAUGCUAAUGUUAACAUUUAGCACACUACACGCCUUUUUCACACAGCUGUUAGCAUGGUAAUGACAGUUGCGAACCGUUUUUACACACAAACACUGCACCCAUGCUGGAAAAUGAAGCUCUGCUGUUAUUCUGCCCCUUUUAUCUUUACACAGAAGUCGGUGCUGUCUCCUGUAAAGGGGAGACAUGAAAAGACAGCAGUAACUCCACAUGCGGCAUGCAGGAAUGAAAUUUUACACAGAUGCUUCUGUUUGGCAAAUUUUGUUUUUGCAGCUGUCUUUUUUUAAAAACUGCUUAUUUUCACUCUUUACUUGCAGUUACAUGUAUCUAUGAUGGAAAUUUGGUCCAGGCUUCCGAUUAAACUUGAGUUAACAAAGAGAAAAUCUUUCAGUGAGAUUACCAACAUUUUGAAAAGUAUCAAUAAGGUCAUCAUUGGGCUUCAACAAGUUUAAUUUUCUGUCUUUAUUGUGUCACAGAAAUCGACAUUGAGCGCUGCGUCCGAGAAUCAGUCAACCUCUUCUGCUGGACUCCAAAGAGCGCCACAUACAGACAGCACGCACAGCCACCAAAGGCCCCCGGUGAAAACGGAUUUGGAAAACCAGCAACAUACUACUCUUCAGACUAUCAGGACAUGCCAAAGACAGACCUGGUGAGUGUCAUCACACUCACAAAGAGACAUAUGCACACUUAAACACAACGCUAUAAACCUGAACUUUACACUUGAUACUGCUGUUAAUGUAAACAACUAUCGCAUUAAAGAGCUAUAAACUGGCUGUUUAUCCACUUGAAACUUUUCCCUCUAACUGCCCCAGUAGCUGUGAGGAUAAUCACAAUAACACAGUUUCCCUGGUGUUCUUUCUCUGGAGAUCUGUCUUUAUUCUGCAUCCUCUAUUCUGUUUGUGGGAGGACUUUGCUCCUGGUGACUAGCUCUUAAGAGAUGAACGUAUUUAGUAUUCAACACACUUAAACCAUCGAAGGUUAAACCAAUACAGCUUUUGAAUGUUUGUUAGAAAGAAUAAACACUUUUCCUGGAACCUUCAUCGCCAUAGCCUGCAGAUAAGCUUGAGGAUAAUGUAAGCCUUGAACUAGCUCAUUAAUCCUUAAAUCACAGUUUGGUAAAAAAUCAUUAAAUUAUGGUUUUCUUUUUUUUAUAUAAAGGUGUUAUUAAACAAAAUAUAAUUUCAAAAAAGCAGGAAAAUUUGCUUUUCUCAAAUAGAUCAUAAACUUCAAAUUUAGCCUGUUGAACAACUUAGAGAAAUAUAAACUGAUACAAUUGCCGGAAUGCAGAGUUUUGAUAUUAUUGAUAAAAGUAGUCAAUAACUAAGUAAUUAUCGGUAAUUAUUUGCUUAUGUGUAUUGAGAUAAUUAGUAUAAUUUGUCCUGCUGAAACUAAAAUAAAUAAAUAUUCAUCAAAAAGUAAGUCCAGAUGCACUCAUGAAUGGUUGAAGUAUCAACUUUAAGAAUAUAAGUUUAUGUUUUGCUGUUGAUUUUUAUUUAAAAGUAGAUCAAUAGCAAAUAAAUGAUUUUGGUAACACUUUAUUUGACGCCUAUCUCUUUAACCCAUUAUAAAUAUAUGUAGAAUGCAUUAUAAUCAUGUUAUAGUACUGUAUAACUAUAGUUAUAAACACUCAUAAAUGAUCAUAAGGCUUUAUAGCAAUAAUCACAACACAUUAUAAAGCAUUUUAUCAUGACUUACAAGGUCAGAUAUUAUAAUGUGUUAUGCUUAUUGUUAUAAAGCCUUAUGAUAAUUAAUGAGUGUUUAUAAAGAUAGCUAUACAAGUUUAUAAGCAAAUUAUAACACAUCAUAAAUAUAUGUAUAAUGCAUUAUCUUUGAGGGUAUUGUCAGUGAGUCGUUAACAGUUAUAACACAUUAUGAUACCUGACCUUGUAAGUCAUGAUAAAAUGCUUUAUAAUGUGUUUUGAUUAUUGCUAUAAAGCAUAAUGAUCAUUUAUGAGUGUUUAUAACUAUAAUUAUACGGUGCUAUAACAUGAUUAUAACGCAUUAUACAUAUAUCUAUAAUGCGUUAUAGAGAUAGGCGUCAAGUAAAGUGUUACCGUGAUUUUAUAUUGUCCGUAUGAGCAUAAUAAGCCUGUAUGAUAUUCUGUACAGCUUGUUCAGUGCCUUCUAUGCUCACUGGUAUGAGACCAACCUGAGGGGUGAUUUUGCCUGCAGCUUUUUUCAAGUUUUAUCAAGUGUGUAUUAUCAGAAUAUAUUGAGGUUUGAGAUAGAUCCAGACUGGAAGAGCUUUAGGAUUUUGUCAUCUCUUUACUCUGCUCCGUUCGAGGAUUUAAAUGACCUCUCCCUGAUUUGCACAGAUUGACCGCCUGCGUAUUAACCCAAACCCGCUCAUUUCAACAGUCAACACCUGAUGGUGAAACAGUACAGCGACUCCAGUGAGCCUGUUUAGCUGUAUUGAUUUUUUCAUGCCAGAUUGAAUUCCUCAGAAAACAAAACUUUUAAUAGUAUACACUGAGCCGAGGUUUUAUUUCACAGAGAGGCCAAAUAUUGAUCAUUUCUAAAUGCGCUUGCUUUAUGAACACAAAUAGUCGCCCAAUUCAAGUCUGUUUCUGCGUGAAUGGAGUCAGUCUAUCUAUAUGAAAUCCUUGUCGGGUUCAGAUAUAAACUGCGUUGUAAUAAACAAAACAGAUUUGUUGUGUAGGUGCUUUUUUACUUCACAGCAAGUCGAAGCGUUGCCAGUUCUGUUUAGUCCCAUUUUCCUUAGAAACAGCAAUAAAUGCAUGUAAAUGUAUUCUUCAGUAUUGUCAGCUCUGAAAGUGUUGGCAAACACGUAAAUGGAUCCCCGAUGAAAGAAAUAGAUGUAUAGAAAAUAAGCAUGUACAAAAAUGCAGGUACAAAGCUGUUCAUACUUAGUUUUCAAAUGAAUUCAUUGAUGUCUGCAGUCUUCAACAAAGGCUUUUUGUUUUGUGCCUCAACGCUGUUUGUCUUUCACACCUGAAUGCAUUGUGUCCAGAAAGCUCACAAGCACUCUUGUCAGCCCUUAUCUCCUGUGUGCCCAAGUGAUUGCUGUAAUCUUUCUCAUUCAGCUGAGGGUGAAUGAGAAAUGGGUGGGUGGUGGCAUUGAUCCAUGGCUGCAUCUAUCUGCGCCCCUCCUCUUCCUCAGGCAGGAGUGCAGUGUGUUAUAAUGUCACUCUCUCAAUCAUGGUUGACCACAAGCAUACAAAUACAGCCAUACAAAAAUGAUUACACAGUAUGAAUGUCUGAAGAAAUCUACGUCAUAGGAAUUAGGAAUAUCAGUAAGAAAAUAUUAGGACGUAAACUACUCUCCCACUGCACUGUAGUUCUAGAUUGUUUAGUUGUACAUAGCCUUUUAUACUUAUUGCACAUAGCAUUGUACAAAACCUUUUAUAUUUUUAUACUUUAUACUUUAUAUAUUCCUUGCAUGCUCUUAUUAGUUUUUAUUCUAGUAUUUUAAAUUUCUCUCUGUUUAUUGUUGCACCAUCAUGCCAAAACAAAUUCCUAGUCUGUGAAUUCUGUUCAUCGACAAUGGCAAUAAAACCCCUUUUGAUUCUGAUUCUGAUUCUAAACCUUUUAAAACUUUAACUACUGCAACACUGUAGUUAAAAUUUUACACAUGCAUUCUCCUGUUGCAUAAAUAUCAGUAAUAUUUAUCUGCUUUAAGUAAGGUGGAAGCUUUGGUAAUAGUGGAUGUCAGUGCAACAUUCAUCGUGAUAAUGAUACAAAGUCAUUUCUCUCCAGUUCCAGUGCAAAUUUCUUGAUCGAGUUCCUCCAAAAUAAUAAUUUUACUGCAAAUGCACACCUCCAUUUUUCUCAGAGGAGUUCUUAUUUAUGUUGAUUUUCACAGGCCCUGUGGACAAGGCUGUAUGUUUCAUGUCUGUAAUGAUCUUGUCCUGGUAAAACAUUUAGAAUUAUGUAAGAAAAAACCUCAUCCAGCCAUGUUAGAGCCUGAUACGUAACAAUGACCUGAAAUGUUUUAAAAAAUAAAGUAAUGAAACCUGAAAUGUAAUCAUUUGUCAAUAAUGUAACAAAGGUGUUGAGCCUGAAAUAUGAUAAAAAUAAUAUAACAAAACCCAAAAUGUAACAAGUUGCUAAAUUUGGUCAAAAAGAUAUAAUAAUUUGGGCUCAGCAUUUUAUUGACCAGUUAUUGCCUUUUGGGUGUUAUAAUUUUUUAUGUAACAUUUUAGUUUUGAGUCAUUAUUACAUAUCAGGCUCUAACAGGACUUUGUCCCACAACUAUAACAAAACGAUCUAAAAAAAAUAAUAAAAGCCCUCCCUCCUCGUGUGCUUUGAAUCACAGUUUCUUAAUCUGACCGGUGACAGCAGAGCAGGCUCAAAAUGUUACGCUGGAGAUAGUGUCAGCAUGAAGCCGACGGUUUUGAAGUCCUCAAAAGACAUCAUCUUGAAAGACUUUUUAAAGUGACUUUAAAAAGUUUUACUGCUGGUAUCUCUUUAUGACAUCGUUUUAUGUUUCUUUUAUGCGGCAAUUUAGUUUGAAGUUAAUCUUUAAAAGACUUCAUAGUGAUUUAAAAAAGAUUCAAACAGACUUAAAGAUAACAUUGUAAGGAAUCAGGAAGCAUUAUUGAAAUUCAUGUACAUGAGGAAAAUCAAGGGAAUAAAUGAAAGGAUACUUACUUCAAGAUGUGUUAAAAAUGUGUUGGUGAAGAUCAGAUGAAAGACGGUGCUAAUUAAUCUCACAUAAGGCUUUAAUUAAUUUCAAAAUGAAGGGUGUCGAACAGAGCAAAGAAUGUCAUAAUUUAAAUGAACCAAGAGUUUAGCCUGGUGAAAACUUAAACAAGAAAAUUACACAAGACUGUAAAACCCUGGUACACUGUUCAGUGCACGACAUCCUAAUGUCUUAAUUCACCAUAGCAUUGUAAACAACAGACUGUAAACAUACUGAUGCAUUGACUGUGCUACAUGUUUGUUUGUCUUGCUUCUCUGUUGCCUCUCACCCCUGUGCCGAAACAGCAGGCUUCUUGUGUAGAUUCUCAGCCCUCAGUGAGCAGACAUCCAUCUCACUGGACAGCUGCUGCUCAGUCUGCCCAGCCUGAUGGAGAGAAAAGGAGAAAACAGGCUCCCAGUCAGAGUAGAGCAACUCCUAGACAAAAAUAGUGCUAAAAAGCCAAACACAUCACAUACAGUAUAUGCACAAGGUUGUCCAUUUCAGUGGAGCCAAACCCAUUAGAGUCGUCAUCAAGAUCUGCAGAGUACAGGAGGGUGGAACUUUUUUUUUUCCUGGUGUUUUGUCUGUUGAAAAAAACUGGAAAACUUUGAGCAAAGGGAGCGUUCCCAAAGAGGCAGGGUGGUGGAUGAGAAACCUAAAAGAAACCAGUCAAAACCUUAGUGAAGACCAUCUAACUGUUCAUAAAAAAAAAAUAAAAUCAGAAAUAAGCAGUGAUGCAUUUAAUGACUACCAAUUUCUUGAGGCUACUUUCUGAUGGGGUGCCAGACUCCACGGUUGACAGUGCGCCGAAAAAUAAAAUGCCUUUUUACUUUUCAUAUAGAAAUAUUCAGUGUCUGCUACAUUUGAUUGUUAAGGACAACAGGUUAAGAUUUUUUUUGUCAUAAACUGCUGAUAAGACACAUACAGGGAAAAAUCAGCAAAAGGAUAAGUCCACAGAGGGAGUCAAAUUUAACGCCAAAUGCUAGUUUCACUCAGAGGCUUCAGAUUGGUUUUGUCUGUCAUGUAUUUCUGAUGUUCACUUAUGGGCUUGUAUAUAGGACAGUAGAUGGAGUAGGAAACUCUGGGGAAAGAGUGGAGCAUGACAUGCAUUAUAGGACCACAGGAUGGAGUCAAACCCCGGCUGCUGCCUUCAUGUACUGCAGACAGUACAUGAGUCAUGCAGUUUAACCUUCAGUGUUAUAUGUGAGUUUCUUUUACACUGCCAAUAGAAUUUUGCAAUUUUAAUGAAUUUAAAUUAUUUUUUAUUCUUAUGUAAUUAAAAAAUAUAUUGUAAGGAAUUUUAGUGCACAAUUGUACUGAGGUUUGAUGUAGUAAUUUUGAUUAAGUAAGUUGAAUCAUUGCUCUGAAUUAUAAACAUUUCAAUGAUGUGUUGAGAUUGGUAUGUGUUUGGCUGUGUUGGGUGCCCCAGCAGGAAGUCUGCAGCUGGACAGGCAGUAGGUUUUUGCAUUUACUUUAGCGCGCUAAUUCUUGUCCACACAGAGAAAGUAAUGAUUCAAUGUAAUGGACAGACCCAGCUCAAAGUGUGGUCAAGACUGCCCUGAAAGAGGUUUCUGGGGCAUCUUAUGGAAGAGAGUGCGACAUAGACGGAGCAAACUAUGAGCAUCAAUCCAAAAACAGGUAGCAAUACAGGUGAAAUGAAGCAAAAGGGUGUCACUGUAAAAUGCCUGAAUAAAAUAGCUGUGUGUAUAAUUACAGUGAGAUUGUUCUGUGUUACCCAUAGACUGUAUAUUGAAUGGACACCAUCUGCCUCCUCGCUGGGUGAAGCAACCCAGAGAAUAGCACCCUCUGGUGCUGCAGUAUAGGUUAUAAAUCCCGCCUCCUCCAGCGAUGUUGACAUGUAGUUACUAUAAGACUGGUUUGUGCUCAAGUCCUCUUUUUUCUGUACAACUUCUUUUUUAAAAGUUAUUAGGGGGUUCAAGUUUUCUAUGAUUGAUCACUUGAUACAACUUAUGGGUGCAUGGAGAUUGCGUAGCUCACCCAGGGGAUACGCUGUUUGAGCCGAGUGUCAUUUCUGGGACUUUCCCAUUGAAUGCGUACAAUGCUACUGCGCAAUGUUGGUUUUAGGAAAUGGAGAAAAAUUGCGGAAAUACCGAGAGAUUUUCGGCUUCAAAUCCGUAUACAGGCAGAAGGUGGAACCAAGUUGUCCAUAGUAUCUACAGUCUAUGGUGUUAUCACAUGUUGCACUGGAGUGAAAUCUGGAUGUAAAGAGGAGCUGAUGUUAGAGUUUGUUUUAACGCUGUUGUACUUACCUGGAAUUGCAUGAUGUGUGUUGUGUAACUAUGAAUAUCCUAAAAUGAUUUUCCCCUAAAACUUUAACUUUAUGCUAAGCCUGAACACAUCACAUUUAAGCAUAUUUAAUGGAAAGCUAAAAGCUGAGUUUUUAUGGUUAGCCAAGAUCGAUGUCCAACACAACACUGAGUAUUAUGCUGUGCAUUAAAUGUCAAUCCUUUCAACCCAUGAGCCCUAAAAGUGGCUGAAAUAAGUAACAGGGGGUCGCAGAGUCCUGAGGUAGAAAAACGAGCGUAAACAUUUCGAGAGAGCCAGAGUUUGAGCUGCUUUACCUUGGUGUCAAACAAAGAAUCAGCCAGGAGGUGUUGGGUUCGAUUAAAAUGCCACCUGGGAAUUUUGCUGUGAAGAUUUUCAAGGCAAGUCAAACUGAGGGAAAGUGGGUAGACCCAGAACUUGCAGGGAGAACCAUUUAUCUCAUCUGCCCGGGGAACGCCUCAGGAUCCCACAGCAGUAACUGGAGAAUGUUGCUGGGAAGAGGGACAUCUAGAAAACCUUGCUCAGCAGGCUGUCUCUGAGUUCAGAUCCUGGAUAAGUGGAGAGAAAGGAUGGAUGACUGAAAAUUAUGAAAAACUGCGGACUCACCUUGUCUGUGGGCAUUUGAGUCACUAAACUUUAGUGCAUAGAAAGUUGCUUAUGAAACACUAAGGCAGCAUUAUAUUUCACCCACUGUAUCCCAGCUGUCAAAGUGCACGUCUGGGCUCCAGUUCUGUCUUUUGUCAGCAAAAGUAGCGAUGAAUUUUCAUUAGCAGAGCCCACUCUGUGUGCCCUACCGAGGAGAAAUAUCAUUCAUGUUUGAGCAAUAAUGGAAACAGUUUUGUGUCAAAAACACACACAGUGAAAAUAUAAAGCUGUGUGUGAGGACUAUUUGCUUAAAAAUCCUUCUCCAUUAUGAAGAAUUGGAUGUCUGUAUUUAUGUGUGUGUGUCAGCAGUGAACAGAACUCAUUGUCAGCAUUUUUCUCAGAUCAUGGCCUCAAUUAUGCUGUUCUUCUCUUGUUUAACUACUGAGUUGGCAGAUAGAGCACAUUCUUAGUCUGGAAAUCGUUCUCAAACACCUCAUAAGUGCUGUUUGAUAUAUGGAGAUCUCAGCACAGUGGAAGGACAGGCGACAUGAAUGCACUCUAAAUGAAUCGGUUACCUUCUCCUUAAAGGGAUACGCCGGCGUAAAUUAAGUUGGGGUCAAACACACCGUAACACCGAGUUAGUCACUCCCUCGAGAGAUGAAUGUUUCCAACUUACUGACUAAUACAGACUAAACACAACUCACUCACUCUCUUCCAGCAGCCGCUUGUUUGUAGGGAGAGCCCAGAUGAGUCCAUCACUGACCGCAGCGGGGUGACGCAGCUCAAGGAAGAACAUUUAUGAUCAUUACUGUAUCAUUUCCUUAAAGUAAUAAUCACUAUAUUAAUCAUUUUUGCAGACGUGGUAGUUCUUCUGCCUUAGCGUCUCGGUCUGAUUGCAUUUCCAUGAAGAAAUUAUCAUAAAUGGCCUUUUGGGGUUGAGGUGUGCACGUGGAUCCAUAAACCGCUGUUUAUUGCUAUCAUGCGGUCGUUACUAAAGUUGGUACAACUAGAGAAGCAAGCGGUCGGCAAAAUUCAUCUCUCGAGGGGGAUGUCUGACUCGGUGUUACAGAGUGUUUGACCCCAACUUUACUCUACGCCAGAAUAUCCCUUUAAGCUUUGUCCAGCCCUCCAAGUUCAAUACAAUAAUAAUGAUAAUGAUAAUAAUAAUAAUAAUUACUAUUUAUAUAGAACCUUUAAAAACAGAUGUUUACAAAGUGCUUUACCAGAAGAAACAGACAAAAAAAUUGACAGUUUAAAAAAAAAUGGACAGUUAAAGAUCGGCGGUUGGUGGUCGACAGCAUCGACAACAUGUUCAGUGAACUGGGUUUUUUUUGGCAACAGUGUGACAGCAGCGUUUGUUCAUUAGCUUGCAUACUGACACAAUCCACCAUGGAGGAUGUGUGUCUCUUGGUGGAUAUGUGUCUCUUGGAGGAUAUUUGUCUACUUAUCAGCAGCUGCAGUUGAGCCUCGUCACUGUCAGGCCAGUCAAAUGUGAACGUGUCAUUACUCUACAUCAGCAAGCACACACUGCUCAUCAUGACAUUUGAGUUACCGCGCAGAGCUCCAUCAGCCCAAGGCGCUGACAGGCUGCUCAUUCUGACUGUUUCUGCCAUGAUACUGUAUAUGUAUGAAGGCAUUUAUGCCAGUUUACAGCAGGAGAGUUACAUCAUGCUUCGCAUUGCCUCUCAACUUUUCUGAUCAGCACACUGAGAAAUUAGCUUUUUGUUUUCAUUCCCAUGUGUGCUUUUUUGAAAGAGUCCAAUCAGAUUGAUUUUGUGAUAAAAGACUGAAACCUAGCUGAUGACCUUUCUCAGAAAAUGUCCCAAGUUUUACUUUACUAAACACAAUGUGUUUCCUGAACACUCAUCCAUCAGUGUGUUAUUUUUUUAAUGAUGUGUACAAAAGAGAUUAGCUUUGGGCGGUUGUCAUAACAACUGCUUAUCUGUGCUCUUCUGUUGAGUGUGUACCCCGAGCUUGAAAGGCAUUUUUCUAACUCCUGUGAGUAAUCUUUUAAAUGAAUUCCCUGAGGGCAGACAUAGUGACCCACCGUUAUUUUCACCACCCUUUUUUGUCUCGAUGAUGUUUAUCUACAAAUUGCCAAAGAAAUAAGGGGGAAAAAAAGAGGGAAAUAUUUAUGUAUUAUGCAUCCAAAUGGUUCUGGUCCUGGAGCAAUAAACUGGAAGAGCAUUUGUUAUUAGUAACAAAAAGUGCUUGUUCUCUUCCUAUUGCUGUACUUUUUAUAAACAGCAUCUUUACAUCUCAUUAGCUGUUAAUGAGAUGUACUUAAACCAUACAUGUUUUUAAUGACCCCUUGCACCAGUGUUUCUGCUGCAUGUGAUGGACUUAACGCUCCGUGGACUUGCUGUAAUCUGAGUGUCCAAGAUGAAGAAUUUGCUUUAACUUUUCCUCAUCACCCUGUAGAAAUGAACCAGCUCAGAGGGGUUAAGACUUGCCGACAUUAUACAAGCUGUAUCUCUUAAGGACCCAUUUCGAUGAAAAUCAUGUUUUUCUUGGUUUUUAUUUGUUCUUAUGGCAUUUUUUUGAUGCUACAGGACAUAUCAUGAGAAAACUAUAUGCGAAAUUGCUUUUCUGAGUAUUUCUGCAUUCGAAUCGCUGUGAAUCUCUGGCAGACCCAAACAGCAGGUUCAGAAACAGUGAGAUUUUAUACGUAACCAAUCCAAGCUCUGCCCACCGAGCCCCGCUAUGCUGACCACACUCUGCAUAUAGAAGAGAAAUACAGAGGAUGAUUGGGAACAAGCGUGUGGGUUAGCGGAUUGCAAUGUUUGUAAGAAAGCUAAUUAUGAUAUUAGCUUUCAUCAUGCCUCCAAAAGCAUAAGUGUCUGAGAGCUGAAUAGCUCCUAUGUUACCUGCCACUCCUGCUACACCGACAAUAUUAGGCUGCAAGCUAACUCGAGGAGAAGUGUGCAGAGCAGCGCUGCCUCCGCCCACGACUCAGAGGUGAAUUGCUAAUGAUCUACUCUGCAGAAAAAAAAUCCCUUGAAAAUGACACAGGUAAUGUGAUUUUGGCUAAAAACUUAAUAAUCACAAUUUAAAGACCAUUUAGAACAAAACAAAUUUAAAAAAAAAAAAACGAUCGGAGUGGGACUUUAAGUAACAAAACCAAACAGCAUUUCACCUUCUAUUAAAGGCGGCAUUUAGCAGCACAGAUUUGAUAGAAAUCGAAUAUAAUUUUUAAAAGUAUGUUAAAAUUACUGUGUAACACCCAAGGAUUAUGCAUUCUGUUUUUCUUAACAUGGAAUGACCCUUUUAUUUCUACAUAGAAGGGAGUUCAUGUCCACAGAGGCUGCUAUCCUGUAUCACCAUGUGUCUACUUUGGCACUGAACAAACAAGUAUGACGUGGGUAUUUUUGAAUGUAGUGCAGGUCCAGGCAAAAUACACUGUUGCGGGAAAAGAAGGUAGAAAGUGGUUGUAGAUAGAUGUCGUAAAAACUAUACGCAAGAAAGGCCAUACUUAUUAUGUAUCACAGGGGCUUUUUAUCCUUAAAGCCACAUCGCUUCACCAGAAGCAUCAUGAUCUAAAUUUGAUCACUACAUAUUGUGUAUUAUUCCCAAUUCUACUCACUGUGCCUUCAAAAAUUUGGUUCAUGGUUUGAGUUUGGAUUUUAUUUCUUGUUGUUUAACUAUGUUUUCCAAACACAACUUACAUUCAAAAUGAAUAAAAUCUAUUUCUCAGAAGUAAGAUUUUAGCAUUUCCUGGAACCAUGACCUUCUGUUUUUGGGUCAGUGCAGAGACAAUGCGAGACAAGCACAAUAGGAAAUCUGUAUUAUUGGUGUAAACUCUGAAUUAAAGCUAACAUUGAAGUAAAUACACAUUUUUACUGUGGUUGUAGAUGCUGCAUUAGUUAGAAACAUGUUUAAAACAGCUUGCAGAAAUAUUGAAUUAUUACUAGUCAGAGAAACUGCAUGAAAUUCAAUAAAAAUACAACAGCAGCUCAGCCAUCUUUGUAAAGUCAGCACUACAAUACAGCCCAGUAAUGUUUUUCGAUAGCUUACCAUGCCGAGAAACUUUUACAUGGAUUUGAAACAUAAAAAAGGAACAUUUCACUGUUUGUCCAUUGUGCCUCUUUUCUUUGUUUUUUUUUUUCUUUGUGCAACCAAAGCCCGUCACUUCACAUCAGCUCUUGCAAAAUAUGUCUAAUGUCAACAUGGGUUCCCGUCUAAAUGAAUGACUUUACGGAUGGUUUACACUUGUAUGCUAUCCCUGCAGAGGCAAGUUUUACCCAGCAGGUGUGUUGAGUCACACCCUUAUUUACUUUCGGAUGAAGCUUUGUCAGCCUUGACUUUUCAUUUACUUUGCACGCUAUUCUCUUGAACCUUGAAUUCUCCAGAAUUUUCCUUCAAGGAUAAAAUAAAGUUAUUCAGAUUUUUAUUCUUAACUGUGGGUCUCUACAGGUCUUGAACAACCUGGCAAUUAGAAGUACAGUAUUAUUAGCACUCUGACAUGUCUUUUUUCAGUUCCAGUUUUCAUGCGUUUGCGCAGUAUACUGUCUAUCUAUAUUUGCCAAUCUUGGAGAGAAGUUCUCCCAGUUGUGCUGUGAUAUGUCUUUAUCUGACAGCAGCAUGACUCAAUCCAGGAUUGAUCAGCAGAGAGAACUCCUCUCACCCCUGCUGCUGCUGCGUACCUGUGCGCUCUGCCGGCAACAAAAGGUCUACUGCCAAUCAUGCAGUACAGAGAAAAACACACAUGGAAGAAGAGCUGUUCAUGUUCCUCCUGUAAAUAUUACCCUCCACUAUUGUCCCAGCCAUUUACAGUGUCAUUUAAAAGAAUGGGUUCAAACCACAACUUGACAGGUUGUUAGAGUCAUCCAACUGUUAGGUAGCAGUUCAAGUUUAAAGGCUAAUUCAGUGAAUUACUACUGUAUAUGUGCUGCAGGUAUUUUUUUUUUCAUGCUGCCAUAUGAGUGAGUACCAGUCAGCGUCUCUGUAAACUCAGCACGGAUGACAUGUAGGUUUGUCUUCUGUCAUGUCAAAUCUUGUAGGAAAAGCUCCUGUUUAACAAGUUGUCAACUUGCCACAGAGAUAUUGAGUCAGUUUGCUGUAAGUUGUUCUAGCCUUUUGCUGGUUUGUCUUGAUUUUUUUUGCUUUUGCUUUCUGCGGUUUUUCUUAUUGUCACCUGGCUGGUUCACUUAAGUUCAGCUAAUUGUCAUUGACAUUUAAAAAAAUUACUACAUUAGAAGAAUGACAUAUCACCUCUCAAUAAAAAAAGAUGGAUUGUUUUGUAUUCAAAAGCGAACACACACCGGAUCUUUUGAGUUUGGCUUUUGGUUAACUGGUUACACAAUCUGACUGGAUCAUCACUUUUACCAAACAUUUACCUGAUGGAGACAGAUUUUAGGAAGGUAUUUGAUCCUGCAGGUCAAUUGCAUUAAAGAGAAGACUAUGAUAGAACAGCAAGUAGGGCUGGGCUAUAAAACAAUAAUGAUAUAUAUAUCGAAAAUUUAUUUCACUCAAUAUCAAUAUAAAACAUAGUCCUUUUCGAUAGUCGGCAUUCUGCCAUGUUUUGGUAGACUAAACAAAUAGCUAAUAAAAAGGGGAGUUGCUCCGGGUCCACUUCGCGCUGAACCAAUCGUGCUGAAUUAGAAUUAAGUAGCAAACAACUGCAUAGUAGCAGGCUGCAGCUACAUGCAACCAGAGCGUUUUAACACGUAAAGCCGACAGUUGGUGAGAAAAAAAGAAAACAAGUGCUACCCCUGUCAGAAAUGCAGAUGAAGGCUCAACAGAUGAUGGACAUCGUCAACAACACUGCUAUGAAAACAUUGGUGGUGUGGAAGUAUUUUGGUUUUUCGAGAUCGGACAUGAAGCAGAGUAAUGUGCACUGCAAAUUAUGUUGAGUACAUGUUCUCUUAAAGUCAGGGAAUAUCUCAAAUCUUUUUCACCACCUGAGCAGUGCCAUGCUGCAGAGCACACGCAUUGCAAAAGUUUACAAACCCUGAGCAGAGCAAGGAGCCCAUGGCGCAUGUGCAGCCGAAACAGCCGACCAUUCAGCCUACUUUCUCUAUCGCAACGCCUUACAACAAAAAGUCAAAGUGACACAAAGAUCUCACAGAUGCAGUAGUUUAUUGUAUUGCAAAAGACAUGAUACCAGUAAGCACUGUUAAAUGUCAUUUUUAUAUCAUGAUAUAUAGCGAUAUCGACUGAUAUGAAAGAAAUAUAUCGUGAUCAACUUUUUACCAUAUCGCUCAGCCCUACUAGCAAGAAACACAAUCCAAAGUUAACAUCAUGCAUACUGAAGUGUUUACUGGAGGACAACCAUACACCCUAACUUUUUAUUUAAUCCUCUCAAUAUUCAUGUGCUCACCAGCAGUUGUUUUACAUUAGACUGAAAAUUGAGAAUAAAUCCAAGAGUCGAGAGACUGCCUCUCAACAACGAACCAAACUGUCGGUCAUGGUGGUGUGACAUCUUAAAUAUGCAGAUCCUAUCUCUGCUUGUGCUCCCUCGUGUUGCCUGGAACAAUCGCUAUCAAGCUCUCUGAUGAAAAUUCAAAACAGCAGAAUAAAGUUUUUUUUUAUUAUUAUUCUUAUUGAAAACUCUCAAGUCUUCUGAUCCUACUCUGAUUCUCUGUUAAUGCAGGAGACUGAAGCUGCACCCUUCAGACAUAUCCAUACAGAUUAUUACUAUAGAGAGUCAAAGUAAUAAUUUUGCUGUCCUCAUAUAGAAAUGAGAAACCUUUGAGGAAGUCAUGCAGAAAUAUAUCACUUGUAGAUUGUUUUUGAGAAUUUUUCUAUCGAUAUAUCUCUCAAUCUAUCUAUCGAUCGAUCAGUCUAAUUUAUCACACACACUUUUGGAUGGACACUUUAUGCUUGGAAUGGUUUCAGGACAUUUAUGAAAUGGGGUGCGGUGUGCCUGUGGAGAGCAGGGUUCGGUCCCCUGCAGCCCUGCCUCUGGCUUGGUGCUUUAAUGAAUUGAUUUGGCAGUUUUGGAAGUGCAUUUGGAAUCUGGAGAAGGACCAUGUUCUGGUCUCUACUGCUGCUUUCUGGGCUGUCAUACAGAUUUUUAUGCUAAUGCAUAAUCUAAUUUUAUUCUCCAGCUAGUCGUUCAUACCACUAAAAUGGACAGAGUCAGAUAAUUCAUUAAUACAGAGAGAAUUUAGUCAGAAUACAUUCAGGCCUAAUCACAGUUUUCCUGGUUUUAAAAGAAUAAUAGUAUCCAACCUGGCACUGGUCUUUGUGUCUCUCUUGUGUCAUUUUCCAAUGACUACUUAUCCAAAUUGCAUUAUUCAAAUGAUAUUCAGAGUUUCUUUGAAAGCUCGCGCUACAAUUUUCUGCCUUUCAACCUAUCUCCUGUGAUUCCCUUUCUUGUAGUCUCGGGAGCCCCUGGCACUAUGUGACCUGAAAGCAGAAGUUUCCCCCAGGAUCUCAGCCGAGGACUUAAUCGACCUCUGUGAGCUGUCUUUGUCUGGGCCCAGCAAAAGGACCAAAGCUGGCAAGCCCAAAAUCAUUGCUGUGGACAUCCGCAGUGUCGAGGAGUAUCCUUUGCAGUCCUUAUAAUGUUAUUUUUAAAGUUCAAAUAAAUAGUUCUAUCUUUCUGUGGUGACGCAAAUUUGAAAACUGUGCAAAUAGACUCAAGUUUGUGUGGACAUCCCUGGAUUGUGUCCAACGAAGCAAAAACAACAAAUGAUCUGCUGAGAUUUGUGCUCACAUUGCUAAAAUAUGCAGUAUUGGCAGACCCAGAUAAGGAUUGCUUUUAGAAGCAUUUACUUCAGCAAACCUGCUCGGACAUGAAGCUUUACUGUUACAUAAGCUGUAUAAAUAUUAUGUUUAACGCUUCAUCCCAGCACAAAGUGAGUAUAGGAAGCACUUUUCUUCUGUUUCCAACCAGACAAGAAGAAGGCUUGAGGAGUGGUCUGAUGCUGCCGUUUCACACUGACAGUUAUACUAGAAAAGAAUUGGUUUCUGCAAAAUGUUGUCCCACCAUGUCUGAAAUCAAAAUAGUUUAUAGUCAGUCUGAUCGGCCAUGCUAUAAGGCUGAGUGAAAAGCUGGCUGUCCUCGAGAGGAGAGAGACCCCAUAACGUUUAAAUAUGGGGAUACUGCCCAGCACUUUCAGACCGUCUCCCCUGGAUGACAUUUAUGGCUCUGCACUCAGCUGUGUAUUGGAAAAGCGAUGGAAGUAAUUUUGAAAGGAACAAAAAAAAGGAAGUCCAAGAAAAUACAGAGAAAUACAAGUCCUGGUAUCUUCCUUUUCUCUGCACACUCGGCCAUUCAUGCUGCGACGGUGGGUGUGAAUUUGAAACAAAUUAUAGAAAUUGUCCGAUGUCAGAAGAGUCUGGGAAGAGGGGUUUCUAAAAUACUAUUAUACUGGCAUUGGCGAGGGUGUCUUUGCCAAUGCAGAGAGCAGCACAGUUAUCAAAGUUUCUCACAGACUACCAGCAGCUAUACACACAAACAUAAUUGAAGGUACAGGAUAACACAUGAAAUAUUACAAGAAAUAACAUGGGUGAGGUUGUAGACAUAAUUCAUGGGCUCUUGAAAAUACAUCCCUGGUCUAUAACGGUACGGCUUCAAAUGCAAUAUUUAAAGCUCCUGUGUGGAUUUUUGUAACUGGGUAUGAAAGACUGUUAAAACUGUGUCUUACAAAAGCAAACGGGACCAUCAGAAAAGAUGAACUAUUUCUUUGUGGUCAUUUCUAACACAUGUAACCUCUCCUGCAUUGUUGGUGUUGAAACAAUACUGAAACAGCGUUUGUUGAUGUUUUCAACAACAAAGAUUAUUGCUGACUAUUACAAAUAAGACAGAUUGUUUUUUUUAAUUAGAAAUCCUUACUGAUGCUUUUACGGGACAAGUUUAGCAAAGAGAUGCCCAGAGACGGUACAAAAUUCAGUGCAGAUCACAAGCUCCACUUACUGGCUUUGAAAAGCUCUAAUAAAAGUCUUGUGUUGCUCAGUCAGUUUGAUCACGUGACAAAACAUUUUAAUUUGAAAAACACUGAUUUGAGUCCAAGUCUGGGCAGCUAGUUAUGUGUCUGGUUGUAUUAAAUUGGAAGUAAAAUAAUAAAUAUCCCACAUGGACAUUUGACUGUAACUGUAACUGUCUGAAGCGAGUACAGCCUGGACUCGAUCUCCUUUACUACAACUCACCCAAAAAACGUAGAAACUCUUUGUAACCUGAGAUUUAUUGUUUUUCUGCUCAGCUGUAUAGGAGAAUGAUUUAGAUUUAUAAAAUAUACCGCAGGUCUCUGUAAAAUCUGUGAUCCAUGCUUCACUGAUUCACUACAGGUUGUUUUUACACUGUAUCAGUACAUUCAUGCUCUGACAAGUUCAGGACUGUCUGAUAAGGGAAACUUUGUUCUUUGAUGUCGGUGAUGGAGAGUAAUGUCUUAAAUGUUCUGUGGUUUAUAUGAAGACGGUUAAAAGGUCAUGACAAAAAGAGACUUAGUUGGUGUACACUGUGAAGAGUGACACAUUUGUAGGUAUUUAAAGGACAGAUACAAUAUUAUUUGUAGAUGAGUGUAACAGCCAACACUGAUGACACAGCCUCUUUAUGUGUAAUAUAACAUCUGGCUGACAUACAGACACACUCCUCUGCUUUGCAUGAAUGUAUUACAGUUCACAGGUGAACCUUUCAGGUUCUCAUUGGAUCUGAGUCCAAGUCCUUAAGUAGAUGACAGUUUUCUAUUUAUUCAGAGCAUGUUUAAAGAAAAACGGUUCCUUUUUGGCCUAAAUAUGUCAUGAUAUCUAUAUCACACCAACACCCUGUCUCAUUUCUUAAACCCUCUUUCAGAGCUAAUAAGAGAAAAUGUUUUAUUUGCUCAUAAACUAUUUUAGCACAGUAGAGAAAGUCAUGGAUCACAGAAACAGAAUUUGUAUGUAGUCGCAUGUGUGCAUGCCAGAAGCCUUUGUCUCGACUCCUCAGUGCCUCUGAUCUCCUGCUUACCUCUUGACCCGCUGCCUGUGUUCUGCAGAGGUUCGAAAUUAAACCAGAAGCACAGAGAGUAAAACUGUAAGGUUCCCAUCCAAGGCAAGUAGGGGCAGACUCAGGGUGGAUGAUCUGCUUCAGUUAUCUGCUGCCAGAUUCUGCAUCACUCAGUAAGGCCCUUCUUAUCCACCCAGGCUGCCCCUCCACACACACCGCAGCCUGAGAUUUAGAUGGUGGAGAGAGUGGAGAUAAGCCUGUGAACCCAAGCAAAAAGCAUCCUUCUAACUUUUGGCUACAACUUAAACCUUUUCUCUGGCCUGGUUUAUUUUUUUCUUCUUUUUUUAUGAGAGAAAGUCUGUCUGGUCAAGGUUUAAACCAUCUGAUAAUCACAAUUGAAAUAGAUAAAUGUGAUGUUACAUUAUUUUGUAUAAAAAGCUGCAAACUCACUGAGGGAGCUCUGAUGCUUUACACCACAUGAAUACACCGAGUAAACCUCGCCUUUGCGACAGCUGACUGUAUUUGUGGAUCUGUGCAGAGGUUUACUGUUUCAACACGAGACAUCUCUGGAAGCUAUUUUCAGUGUGCCAAAACGAAGCAGUUUUUAGUUGUUCUUAAAUCAAUCAAUCAAUCAAAUUUUAUUUAUAUAGCGCCAAUUCACAACAGUCGUCAACCUAAGACGCUUUCCAAAGAGAAAGAGCAGGUCUAGACCACGCUCGUUGUUCGAUUGUUUACCAUCCUUCCUGUUCGACAUCGCUGUCUUUCGUAGCUUCGACAAGUGAAAGCGUAGGAGUUACAUGAUCGUGAAAGGGCAGCAAUGUUACACAGAUAUUAGCAAUAAGCCCUGCAUAUGAACCAGUUACUUGAUCGCCCCUUAAAUACUAAAUUAACAUUUUUCCUGCCUGCUUCAUUUAGAGUCCUCUUCAUCUACUAUUUUAAGACCUUGCACAAAAUCACAGUUUUGCAGAGAGAAAUCCAUUCUGCUUUUCCAGUCGGGCGGAUUACACUGAGUGAAGGAGAAUGAGAAAAUGUGCUGAGGACCUGAGGGAGUGAGCCUCGGCCCUCAGGUCGUCAGUGGAAUGAUAAUGGUAAUAAGGGGGUUAAAAAGCCAUUAAUCAAUAGGGAUUAGUGAAUAUAGCGAGGAUUUUGCUAAAUUCCUUCACUUGACUGGAGCCUCCUGAUAGACAGAGGCUCCUCAGGCUAACCCUAAUUCACAAAAGGGAUUUGACCACUUUCACAGGAUUUGGCAACCUUUGUUCACCUUUAUUAUGAUCCUAGGCAAAGCUGUGUUGUGGGUGUCUGCGGUCACAAAAGUGGAUUAGAUUAAGCUUCCGUGGGCUAAAUCACUGUGAUCUAGAUUCAGCUGUCAAGGUAUCCGAUGAUUAAUGUCUGCUGCAAAACAACUGACAUGUGCCUCUUGCAGUUCAUUGGCUGAUUCUACGACAAUAGGAUAUGUCAGCUCGUGGGUUAUGUAAUACACCGACUCUUUAUGUCCUUGUGGCAGCUGAUGUGAUUCAGUGAGCAUAGUAAUUUAAGAGAGAAAGAAGCUGAGCACCACUUAUCGUAAAGUAUGUCGCCAUUACGCCAAUAGCUACACUCUCAGAAACAGGACAAUCUCCUUUUCUGGAGAGUUAUCUUUCAAUUAUAUUGCACUGUCCCGUCUUUAUUUCCUCCUUUUUUAUCCCUUUCUUUUCUUUUCUCCUGUCUUCUCCCUUGUUAUUUCCCCUAUAUCUGAUUUUCUUCCUUUCUUUCUUCCCUACAGUUUCCCUGCUAUCUUGAAACUAGUCCAACAUAAUUUUUGAAUAGGGAGUCAGUCUGAUAAGCAGUGUAACAGGUACUUCGAUUAAGAUGUUACCAUCAAUUUGUUUUCCCACUGUGCAUUGUGCCAUAGAAAGUUCCAGUUGCUAUGAAUUUCAAGGUGUAACUCUGUAAAAAUAGGAUUCACCUCCAUUGGUCCUUGUCCCAGGCAGGUGUUUUACCUGUUCAAAGCUUUGCUCCUUAACUCGUCUUUCUCCAGCUUCAACAGAGGUUAUAUAUCCGGCAGCAUCAACAUUCCCUUCAGCUCAGCGUUCGGCGCUGACAGUGAGCUGGUUCAGUGUCCUGCAACAGGGACCCUCCAGAAUUACAGAGGACGUGUCAUCGUGGUCAUCAGCCACAUCAUGAAGAGUGCUGCUGUGGUGAGGAAAAAACAGACACACACAAACACAAACCACACAGUGUGUAGUCAUUGACAGAGUUCACUGUGAUAUUUAUCAAAGACUUACCUGCCUCUAAGAUAUUAUAAGCGUAUAAUAUGGUACCAUUAUUGUUGGAGUAGUGGUUGAAAUUUGAGUUAUAUAUUUAAUUUAUGAAUCGUCAUUGAGAGAAGAGAGAGAGAGAGGAGAAAGAGAAAGAGAGAGAGAGAGAGAACAAUAACAAAGGCAGGUCAAGAUAACCAAGGGUAACACAGCACUUCACGCUGGUGUUAAAGUGCCCUGUGGUCCUUUUGAAAUCCGAAACCUCCAAAUCUCUGACUGUUACUUACAGUUUCGACCAACCUACCACUACAUUUUCAGGGAAAGAAAUCCAGGCCUGUUUGGUUCUGACUGAAAUAUUUCAGCUGUUAACCAGGUUAUCAUGAAAACAAAUGUACAGAUAAAUUGAAAAAAAUCUACUGACUUGUGUGUAACCCUUUUUAUUACAGCCCUUUUUCUGCAUUAUGUGUAGAAAAGUAACACUCAUUCAUUCUGUUAAGCUAAUUUAGCAUUUGUCUUUCCUUUAUGUUUGUCUUAUUUACACAGUAUUUUUUAUUUUCAUGUAACACAUCUUGCAAACCUUAUAUGUCAGGUCCAUCUCAUUUGUGACAUGCUUGCAUUCCUAUUGUCUUUCCCCAAGUGCUGCGAUAUUUGAUUUCACCUCUGCUUACCUCACUGGACAAACAGUUGAUUUUAUUUUUCCAUUAUCAUGGAUUUGACUUCACAUUAAAAAUUUGUUAAAAAAAUUUUCAAACAAAUUAAUACUUGGUAAUCACUGAGAAAUAAAAAUACGUGAUCUUUUGUGCAAAUAUUUUUUCUCCUACCCUCUAGUUUAUUAUUAGAUAAAAAUACUAUCUCUGGUCAGUAUCUUAGAUAUUCUCUGUUAUUACCUGAUAGUCGAUCCUGCUUUUUUUCUCUUUUGCAGUGCAGGAUGCUGGCAGAGGCUGAAAAAAUGAGUUUGCUUUAAAGAGGCUAAAAAUAAAACCUCACAGUGCUCACAGAAAAGACAGUUUUCAGCCUCUUAAAGUACAAGUCUCCUGCUUUUUUGGUUCUUAUGUGUCCAUCCAUGCAGUGCAAAAGAGCCGGGGGAGCGGGAUAUAGAUUGGAGAGUGUUGGAAUCAACAAAUACCCUCUUGACAGCCAGUCCCCUCAUUUCUGUUUUGCUCUGAAAAGCCACAACACCAUGAUGCGUAACAACAAUAGCUCAACAAAGAAAGACUUGAUUUUAUCCAGGAAAAGAACACCAUGUGCGUAACCAAUAGCUAAAGAGACUUGAAAUCCAGGAGAAAGUAAAGAGGAGGCUCACUGUAUAAAGCCAAUGAGCUGUGUAGGAAACAUCUCCCACGUUAACAGACUGAUUACUAAGAAAUAACAAACAUGUCUGAUGUGUGUGGAGGUUUUGUGCACUGUAUUUAAAGCCUGGUGUGUAUUGUUUAAUGUACUUCUAAAAUAGAUUAAUGUGCACAAAAUCAGUCUUUUACAUCUACAUAGGAGAAGAGGAAACUUCCCUGUUUCUACUGUAGUACAGAAACUACUUCGAUAAGCAAUCUUACAUUGUGCGAGAGGCUAUGCAAAAUGCACAAGCUGGAAGAAAAAGAGUGAAGAGAGUUGUUGUUGUUUUGACGGCAAAAUGGAGAGUCAUACUUUUGCAUCACAGACCCCUUGGAGGUCAUUGUCGCUUCAAUGACAGGAUGGGUGAGGAAAGCGUCUACUGUCAUUAAAUUUAAAUAACUAUUGACAUUAAAAAUGAUUCUUUUAUGCUCAGCUUUUUAACGGCAUCUUUUUGGCAUUUAAAGAGAAAAAAAAUUUACCUGUAUUACCAGAAAAAUAGACACACGUCAUUUUGCCCGAUAUUAAAAAUAAAUUGAAAAGAGUGGCAGAGAAUGUUUUUGCAGGUACAUAUUUUUAAGGAUCAUAUUUUUCUUUCAUUGUUAUUUUCUGUUUCAUCAUGCAGAUUGAGGAAUAAUAGCUUUGUCUCACUGAAAGAAACUGAUCUGCUAAAUAUACUAAAAUUCAUCAGCACCAAAGUAGCAGUUAAAAAAAAAAAAAAAAUCUUUCAUGGAGAAGCUGUGUGAAAAAUAAAAUGCCUUGUUAAAUAAAAGAUUUCUAAGAAAAACAUCCAGACCUGUUCAGUCAUCCACUGCAGUGUGAAUAACCAAUUCUGUGUAGCCCAUAUUGGUAUAUUUGUGUCAUCAAACAGUCCCUCAGGGUCAAUUAUUAUUUAGCGUUUAAAAAUAAUAUAUUGUGUCAUCUGAAAAUAACUUUUUCCUCAGUAACAGUGAAGUCUGAGAGAUAUUAGUUAAAUUUUUUAUUUCAGGCAAAAGUCUAAAGUGCAAAAAGAGCAGAGACAGAGACAGACAAACUGAAAAUGGACUUGUAGCCUGUUAGGGCUGGGUGAUAUGGGAAAAAGUUUACUAGAUUUUUUUUUUUAUAUCAGUGAAUAUCAAUAUAUAUAUAUCACAAUAUAAAAAAAUCUCUUGUCAAAAUAAAUGUUCCCUGUUACUCUUAAAUCAAAUCUAACAGUGCUAAUUGGUAGCAUGUCUUUUGCAAUACAUUAAGCUACUGCAUCUGUGAGGUCUUUGUGUCUAUUUGAUGUGUUGUUUUAAGGCGUUGGGCUGGAGAAAGUGGAAUGGUCAGCUGUUUCAGCCGCACAGGCGCCAUGGGCUCCUUGCUCAGCUUCGGGUUUGUAACCUUUUGCAUUGUGCGUGUGCUCUGCCGCGUGGCACUGCUUCAGGCGGUGAAAAAGAUUUGAGGUAGUCCCUGACUUUGCGAGAACAUGUGCUUGACAUAAUUUGCAGUGCACAUUACUCUGCUUCAUGUAGACCUUAAAAAACUAAAAUACCUCCACACCACUGAGGUUUUCAUGACAGUGUUGGCACGUACCAUUAUCUGUUUAGCCUUCAUUUGCAUUUCUGACAGGGGUAGCACUCAUUUUCUUUUUUUCACGGACAGUGCUGUCGGCUUCACUUGUUAAAGUGCUAUAGUUGUGUAUAGCCGCAGUCUGCUCCUACGCAGUUGUUUGUUACUUGGUUCUAAUUCAGCACAUGAUUGGUUCAGCAUGAAGCGGAUCGGGAGCAACUCCCCUUUUCAUUGGCUAUUUGAAUAGUUUACCAAAACAUGUCAGAAUGCCGACUAUAGAAAAGCAUAUGUUUUAUAUCACUAUCAAGGGAAAUCAAUUUUUGAUAUAUAUCCUUAUGUUUUUAUCACCCAGCCCUAUAGCCUGUAUAUUAUACUCUACUUUCUACCAACAUCUCCUGAUGCUCACCUGUUUUUGUCUGUUUUGUUUUCUUGCUAUACACCUAAAGGUCCAAAUUUGAGGUAAAAACGCUCAUUAAAUAGAUUUAAUGGGAUACAACAGAGAAACUUUUCAGAGUCAUGCAGAAUGUAGUCUGUUCUGUUACAGUAUAAUACUAUGUAUGAGCUGGCACCUGCAGAGGCAUUAAUAAAGCAUCAACUGUAACUCAAAUGCAAAACUGGAAUAUUAGUUUUAGACCCUCAUGGUUCAUUUUUUAUUAAAUGAAUAAAAAUUUUUCUCUCACCGUCACUUUGUCUGUGUUGAAAGCCCUGACGCUGACAUACCUCAAACAUGAUGAAAUCCACUACAGACAUCCAUGUUUCACAUUUGCUAAUGACUCGUAUUGCAAAAUGUUAGAAAUCUCCAAACUCUGCAACUGCUGUAAUGUACAGUAUUAAUCACAGGAAACUUGUUGUUUCAGGUGAUCAUUGAUUGUAAUUUCUGCUUUUCUUCCUUGUCUCCAGUUUGCGACACACCUAGUCAAGGUGAAUUUCCCACGGGUUUGUAUCCUGGAUGGAGGAAUCAACAAGCUCAAACCCACAGGACUUCUGACUGUCCCCUCCCCCCAGAUCUGAACUUGUAUCUUAACCUUACCUUGGAUAAAGGGAUGAUAGAAAGAUCGGUAGAUAUUAGAAUGAAGAACAAAAGUGUUUGCAUUAUUUUACUUACACUUUUUUAUGUGUGUGACAUGAUUACACUUAAGAAAUUCAGUGAGAUUAAAUCAACUAAUAAACUAACAGAGCUUGUGUUUUAUAAUUUUCUGUUUUACGAUCAGAUUGAUUUUCCCUGAUACGACUGCUUUGCAUGUCUGUACUGUGAAGAUUGACACGUUCUGGGUGCGUGCUCCGUUGACAAUACACUUGGGGCAGAACGUAGACACGCUUCUGGGAAAGAGCAGAGCUUACACUGCAAUGCAAACACGCAUACCGGACGUUUUGGGCUUUACCCUCUUUAUUUUGAGCCACUUGAUCAUGGGUAAUUUGUACCAAACUCAGUAUCCUCUUUAUUUGCUGCACAAGUACAAAUGAAUGCAAUCCAAAACAGCUCUCCUGCCUUUCAGUUCGUCUGCUGAUGUUGUGUUCAUUUUUUAACACCUCUAAAGGAGCAGUCAUUCAAUUAUGGCAGUUUGUGCACAGUUAUUAUGAUUUUUAUAAAGUACUACUUGCAAUGAUCUUGUUUACAUGUCCCUGAACUGUCUGUACUGUAUUUUGCGAUGUUAUAGAAAUGGGUUAAUAUGUUACUUUUUUUAUGAUUAAACAAAACCAUGUCGGUGAAAUUCA